AGAAAUGAUUCUGCGCUGAUUCCGUAUGACUUUUCUUUCCCGUCUCUCGGCUGUUGGCAGAGCGGAAGAAGCUGAGCGCUAACUGACGCGGGUCCGUCCACGCUGUCGGUGGGGGGGACACAGAAGACAAGACAUACCUGCCUUUGUGGCAUGUGACAGUCAGCGGGCGGCUUUGUAAGCUAAGGAAUUGGAAAGCAGGUCGGCGAGAGACCUGUAGAGGAGAUAAAGAGCUCUCCGGUGGCUCCCGGUCUCCCGCCGCGACGGAGAUGGAGAGACUGUGCGGACCUGAGCGUCCCUUCUGGGUGAGUACAUGUCACUCACCCCGGCGGUUUGCCAUGAAUGUCCGUGUAUGUCACAAGAUACUGUAACUCCAUGGCUGUGUGUAUACUUCUCACAAGGUUGUACAAUGUUAUGUCAUUAGCUGUUUUCCUUUCCGGGCAGCCGUUUAGGAGCACAUAAACGGCCACGACCAACUAUAAAUAACCCACUUAAUAGCAUUUACUGUGUUAACAAGCUCCCAAUUAAUGUCGUGUUGAAUGACGUGCCUUCGUGUGCUGUAUUAAGAAGUCGUACAUUGUGCUGCUCUUUCCUCGAAGAAAAUCACACCUUUAUGGGGCUCUUAAGGCGGAUAAAAGUGAUUGUUGUGUUUAUUACAGGCUGCUCCUUCGACACUUACGGUACAGAAACUUGACUUAUCGUCAGUAAACAGCAGCAGCGUCCCCCAGAGUCUGGACUAUCUAACAUUAGACAGCCUGACAAACACAUCAGGUCCUACUGAGAAGUUGUCUUUGUGGAAGUAAUAUCACGUAGGUAGCAAGAGUUGUUUACACGGUGGCCAAUCAAUACAGAAAACUAAAGUGAAAACCAAGUUAACUGUUCAGACACGCCUUACUAGCAGAAAUGCUACCACUUAUUAGUAUCAAAGACAUAAUGUUUGUCCAAAUAGGAAUAUUACCGAUCAAUUAAGCCUUAUGUAGGCUGUAUAGCACCUUUCAUGCUAGUCAAUUGCGAUUCAAAGUUUUCUCCAGCAAGUGAAAGAAGAAAGUACAAAAUAAUGUCAAAAACAUGGUACAUAUUUAAAAUAAGAAAUAACAUUUACACUUAACUGCAAAAAAAUCAGGUACACUUGGAAAUCUAAUGCAUCCUAAUGACCAUAAAUUCCACUUCAACAUGCUUCAAAAUUUACAAGUUUUGUUGAUAUAGUCAGACAGAUCAUAACUGCUCACUGAUCACAAAGCUCCUGUGUGGAGUUAAUGUUCAUGAAAUAGUUCAUAAUGAUGUCUUUUUAUGAUGUACAAAAGCUAACAAAACCAUAUGCAACAAGAUUAAUGAUGUAAGUACUAUUAUUUAAUUCUUUGAAAGUGUUUUUUUUUUUUUUUUUUUUUUGGGGGGGGGGGGGGACGGUAUUAAUAGAGCUUCUAAGGAUGGAGCCUUGUUUUACUUUUAUACAUUAAGUAUUCUCAAAAAUUAUUCACUUGAUUUCCAGAAGUCAGUAGAAUGAGAUAUUUUAGUCAUAAGACAUAACUUAAAGCUCUAUUGACUGUGGCACCCUUUUUGGGCAAAGUGGUAACACUUUUACUAUGUGUAAAUUGACAAAAAAUAUCGAUGUUGAAAUUGUAGAUCUAAUCAUCUAUGGUCUCAUUUGCUUCAAAACAUCAAAAGAUGUACCCCUUUUUAUUUUAAGAACUCCUCACUGGAGCUUUAAGCAAGUAGAGGACAAGAACAGCAAAGACUCCGUUGUCCAAAGGGGGCGCCAAAGAUGAAUGAAAAACGUAAUGUUCCUCACAGGAGCUUUAAAUGAAUUGCUAAAGCUGUUGUGAAGUUUUGGUGUGCUUGAUUGUGUCAUAUUGAAAGGUGUUCUUAGUAUUUUGCUCCCCUUUUAUUUGUAAAUGAAGAGGACAAAAUAUAAGGAACACCUUUCACAACAACACGCUCCAGUACACUUUGUCUUUGAUACUAAACAUAAACUGCAGUAAACUCCCGUUGGAUCGUUUGAACAAAAACAGAGAAUUUAUAACUUUCCUGAAAGUAGUUUUUGUGGUAGAGCAGCUGGAUUGGAUUGAAGAGGUGUUCCUAAUGUAACGGGUAGUCAUUGUUAAAACAGUGAAAGGAAAUGUAGAGGUAAGUUCAAGUACAAAAAAAAACAACACACACACACACACACACACACACACACAAAAAAAAAUAAAAUAAAAAAUAAUGAAAGGCUGGAAUUGAGGAGAGAUAAAAGCACUCAAAUAGCUGUCAAGUAAAUGAGUAGUAAAUUAAAGGUACAACUAAAAAACUGUUAGAAAAACCAGCAUAGACAUUUAGUCAUGCGUCUGCUGUCUGUUUCAGACUCUUUAAAAAGCUUCCAUAUGGCCAACCUGUUGAAGCUUGUAGGAGUGCGUGAGCUGUCAUGGUCUGUGCAUAAAUUAUGCAGUAAGGUAACUGCUGUAUAUAUAUAUAUAUAUUGGUAGAGACGUUCAUGUCGGCUGAUACUAAUGACCUUUUUGAGCUGUUAUCUACUGAUCCUGUUAUUGUGCAGAUAAUAUCACACUCCUUACAAUGAAACAAUGGUAACACCAGUACAAAAGGUUUAAACCAAUAUAAAAUGUUAAAAUUGUGAAAUAAUUAGGUCCCACAUAAAAUCCAAACUGACCAGAUAGACUUUUAGGUUACAUUAAAAAGUUCAGCUCUUCUCAAAUCCUGCAAAGUCAUUGCCAAAUGUUGACUUUUAUUGUCGGCUUUCUGUCUAUGCCUCACACCCAGUGUCUUGUUCCUCAGCGCUUCCCCCACACCUUACCUAGAUGAUGUUGUGCUGUUGUAGUUAAUUACGAUCAUGCUCAGUCGUUUUUUUAUUGUGUAUAAAACUCUCAUGUGGGUUCGGUCUCAGAUUGGCACUGAACUUACAUUUGGCUGUUGCAGUUCCGUGUUGUGUAUUCUUUCAACCAUGAAACACAGCAGAAACCCCCUGAUGACUGAACAUAUUUCAGAUGUUGAGAGGUCAUAGCUGAUGUCAUGUUUUUCUCAGUCUGACUUUAAGGAAGUCUUUUGGGGAAGUGUUAAUGUUGUAAAUCAUUGCUGUUCACUUUAGGUGAUAAAGAGAAAAUAUAUCAUAUGCUAAUAUCAAAACACAAAAAGAGCUUUUAUGUUAUUUGUACUCUUUGGGUCUGUGACCUGCUCUAAAGUAAAAUCCCCCUCCUGUUUUUACCCUGACUGUGCCCAGACCUCUGACAGCAGCUCUCAUGCCUGCAUGCUAUAGGUGUACAAUCUGAAGGUAAACUUUGUGGUCACACUCGUGUUCAAUAUGUGUGCACAUAAUGGUAAGGAGCACUGAGACCGGCAAACUCUGUCUUAAAAUCCAUCUCUGUUAAUCCAAUUUUUGUCCAAGUUUGAACUAUAUAGGCAGCAGCGUCAUGUGCAUGUUUACAUUCCAUGGUCACAUGACCCCAAAUAUUAAACAUUUUUAUAAGGUUUGAAGUAGGGCUGCACGAUUAAUCGAUUUUAAAUCAAAAUCAGAUUAUUUGAUUAUGAAGAUGUUAAAAAAAUUAAAAUUGUCAAAUCAGUUUUCCUCUCUAUCAUGUCUCACACCUCCAGGCCAUCGUAGGCUCCCCCUUCCUGCGGAAGCACUCCCCAGUUCCCACACACACCAGUGUAAACAAACAUGGUGUUUGCAAAAGAAGGCAAUAGUUUUAUGGCUAAAUGAGGCAAGAGCAAUCAGUUGUGUGGAAUUGGUACGGCUUCGCAGUUUCAGAUGAAGAGCAAACCACUCCCGCUGCAAAGUCUGUCUGGAGGCGGUUUCAACCUGUUCACACGGAAACAAAUUCAGGAUUAAAUUUUUUUUUUGUCAUAUCGGCAUUUCAUCCACACAGAAACAGUGUUUUGGGUGACUGUAAACGGUAGUUUUUGAAAAUGGGUACGAGAGUGCAUAAAUCCGUAAACAACUACCAUUUCAUCUCCGUGUGGAUGCCUGUCUGCAUCUCUCCUGGAAUGAUCAUGUGACACACAGCGUAACGCUUUUUUUGGCACCUGCACGUGUCCAUCCAAAACAACCUUUAUUCGCAUGCUCUGUACUCUUCUUCUGUCUUUUGUGCAUUUCCUGUUCAUCGUUACAGCACCACUUACUGGCUUUGCAUAUGCACUACAUCGCUUUCAGUGGUUUCGUUUUGAGAGAUGAUCGAAAAACGUAUUUAAGUGAAGUUUGGUGAAGUUGUCACUGAAUAAAACAUCAAAAUCUAAAAUUGAGUUUUCAGAGAAAAAAAACUCGGGAUUUUAUUUGUGGCUAAAAUCGUGCAGCCCUAGUUUGAAGAGGUUUUAAGUUGUGUAAAUGCAUGUAAUGACCUGAUUUCAUGUUUAGUUAUAUUUUUUUCUUUGGUCCCUGCAAUUAUAGAAUGUGAUGAUUGAGACAGAUCAAUUACUGUGCAGCCUGUCCUUUUGUGCUAGAUUUGCCUAAUGAAUGGAGCAAAUGCAGCUUGUGACAAAAAUUUAGCUGAUGCAAAGCCAAUAUAGCCCUCGUCUUAUCAUUUCUCUGUAUAUUUCGGCCAUGACCAUCCAUCAGUACCACUGGAAAACAGUGUGAAAGUAUGGGAAAUGAUGUUCUAUCAGCUGGCCUGCAAUCUGUCAAUUAUGCAUCGAGGUCAGCGGGCAAGUGGUAAUGCUGAGUCAUGGUGUCCUGAUGUGAAUAAAAAAAGGCAAACAACUUUUAUCAGUUGUUUUUUUUGUCAGUUAAAUGUGUAUAUUCAGAAUGGUAACUAAUAUUAAUAUAUUUCCAUUACUUGGCCAACAACCUCCCAGCCUGAUUCACUGUGCGUCUUUAUUGUUUGUGUCUUAGGCUCACUCUGUCAUGAAUAAAUCCUUCUACGUCACACACUCACAUGUCACUGAACUUGUUGUCUAAAAAGGGUUAAGUCUGCGCACCUGAUUUCUUUCUUUCUGAAAAUUACAGCAGGGCUGGCCAAUUAAAGAGGUCGCCCAGGGACACAUAAACCAUGCUGCUGUUUACGUCCACUUCAAACGAACUGGUGGCAGUUGUAAUCCCCCAGUGCUAAACAGUGCAUGAUUAGAGCGAGUUAGGUUUAACACUAAGCCCUCACAAAGGGUUUAAUUUGCAAUCAAUCGAAGAUCAAAUCACAGAUUUACUAGAUGCGUGUUUGCCCCAGAACAUAAGUAAGCAGAUACACAAAAAGCCAAUUAGCCUCUGCUGCUGUAAAAUAUUAAUAAUGAUGAGGGAAAUUCAUUCCAAUCAAAGAAUACCUAAAGCAGAAAGUUUUUAAAGUUAAUUCAGUAAUUUAAUGUUUUUUAAUGUUUUCAGUGACCUUAGAUUGAUUUGAUCUAAUGCAUCGCAAAAACAAUGCAGUUCAACAACUCUGAUUAAGAGCCUGGGCCAUUAGCACAAAAAAAAACAAAAAAAAAAAACUGAAAACCAAAAAAGUCAUCAUAUGUGUUGCACAUUGGCUUCACUGUAUUGUUGCAUCCCUUCUUCAAACCAUCAGUCACCUCAAGUCUUGACAAAUGAAGCUGAUGUAGAGGUGUUGUAAGCCUGCAGUUCCUUGAGUGUCUUCUUGAGGUGCUGAAGACUGUAUCCACUCACCAUCAUAGUUACAGCAUGGUACAAAAAUCACAUGCAAUUGAAUCGCAUACCUCUCUGUUUGCACACACUGUGUAUACCAAUUCAUUUUGGAGAUAAUGAGGCUCUGUGCCUGCUGUCACGUUGACUAGAAGUUAGUUGGGGUCAGCAUUUCCAAUAUAACAUCUGACAUCAAUAGACUUCAAAACUCUGCUUCAGAAAUAAUGGCAGACCUCCCUGAGACUGUGUGUUGCACCAUGUUUUAUCAAAUAUGCUGUCAACAUUCAGAUUUGGACUGCAAUGAUGAAAAAACAAAGUGAUGUUUUCACCAUGUCUGCAUAUCAACUGCGAAUAUGGAAAAGAAAUAGAAAAAACAAAAACAAAACAUAUAGAAUCAUUCACUACCUGCGUGUUAAACAUUUGUAUUUUAUAUGUGUUGUAUGUACUGUAAGGCUCAUAUGUCUCAGAUUUACUCAUGAUGCCACCUUUGUAUUUUUCUUCAUACAGCAUACUUCUAAGAAUUAAGUAUGCCUCAUGGCACAUUAUAUAUCUAUGUUAGAUAUAAAGAAAGUUCAUUGAAAGGUAUGCUUUCCUUAUAUAAUCUGUAUGUUUUUAGUUAGUAUCUACAUAUAUUUUACCACGUCACAGUGUUAGACAUAUGCUUUUCAUAUCAAAAUAAUUCUGUUACAUCUGCAUUAAAUUCUUUAACAUUUUUGCACACACAAGAUUUAGGCAUUUACCCAUAUGAAUGGCUGAUUACUGAGAAUUGGUGUCUUACCAAAAUCCCUGAGCAUUCAGUGGUUUUGUUAAUCAUAGUCUGAAAUCAUCAUUCAGCUUCGGGUAUAAUUCAGAUAUCUCACAAGUUAGGAAGAACAUCCAAGCAGCAGCCCUCUGUCUGGAGAAAUGAAGCCGAUGCUCAAGUGCUAAAAGCUGCAACUCCCCAGAUGCCCCCUUGAAGCUAGCAGUGGAAACCACGUACACUGAGUCCAAAAAAGCCCAUUUAUGGAGCCAAAAAAACAAAACUUUUUCAUAUGGAGUAUACACCUAUGAAAGGUAAAGCAGAGGCAGUAAAAUGUCUGACACAUAUCACCAGCCUGAACUCCAGCCUGUUUCAUGGCAACAUUUCAAAGCAGCAGUCGAGCCUGUCAGCGGCGGUAGCAGCAGCUUGUGUUGCAUCAGUGUGUGGAGGGUAAGCACAGGCAUGCAGGAGGAGCAGAGUUUACCUCAAAUGCACUGUGUCGUCAGGGAGAGCAGAAGAAAUGAGGUGUUGCGUAAGUCUGGGAUAGUUUGUGUCUUCAUUAGUCAGGUUGGGCACUGCAGGGUGGAGCUUGGAUGAAUGGAAACUGAAAUCUGAGGAAGAGGAAGUUGUUUGUAGUUGAAGAGACAAGAUGACAUGUGAGAUUUUCAAAGAAAACUACGUUCCCAGGAGUGUGUGUGGACUUGUUAGGGUGUGUUACUUGAAUAAUGAAAUGCUGAGAAUUACAAUAGCUAUAAGGUCAAAGCCUUCCUGACUGUAGGAGAAAGAUAGUAACACUAGUAAUGACUAUAUCAUGCAGGAAACCAGCCAUCCUUUCUCUCUGCUUUUAGCUUCAUGACUCAGACACCUCUUCUGUGCUCCCAGAUUUUCUUCAUAAGUGAAAUGUCUCACUCUUUCUACACUUUCAUUUGUUUAUCCAUUUAUUAUUGAUUACUUAUCCCAGUCCAGUCAACACCCAGACCUUUUCUUCUCAACUUUAAUAAACAACACAAGAUCAAGGCAUUACUAAAUUUGACAGCUGCUUUAGAUUUAGUCUUGGUCCUGACGUCAUGUAAAAGCAAGACUUAUCAUGAUAUCAGUAUCAAUCAAAACAAUCAUGAUUGAAAUUUUUGUCAUAAUGAAGCAGCUCUGGUUUAGACCUUCUUGUCUUACCCUGUUGGUCUUUGUCCCUGUGCCUCUUUAGCAGCCCCUUUUAGUGUUUCUUUCUCCUCCAAUCACAUUUAUCACUUUACACUAUUGCACAUCUUCCUGGCCUACUGGUCAUAAGUAUUGAUACGGGGCUCUUAAGCUUUUGGGAUUCUGUUGUUUGCGUCCUGGUGCUGUGUUUUGAUUCUGUGUGGAUUAAUUGUGCAGGUUGGAUUUUCUUGUUGAGAUUGGAAGAAGAUACUGAAGCAAUAUCAAUGUCACCAUGAGCAAAGAGAGCUUUUACCAUGUUUACACCAAAGACAGCGCUCAUUUGCGGGAUCAAAUUUUGAAACCCCCGAUAACCCCGAUAACCAAAGGUUAUCCCCUUUCAAAUAAUUGGAACACUGCACCAGCAUGUUUACAGAAAAUCCCCUAACGUAUGGCCUGUUUUCUGGAGUGCUGACCCAGCAUAAAAUCAGGAAUUGAGAAUUGUGAAAUUGCCUCAUCAGCGCUUCAGAGAGCAGGCUCUAACGACCCUGCAUGUGAGGAAAUGUCGCUAAAAAAGUGCUGCUGUAUAUAAUCUAGGUAAUCUUAAAAUGGCAAGAGUCCCACUUGCUGCUCAAAUCUAUUUUAGAUUAGCAGGAGAAGACAUCAACACAGUUCUUUAAUGACAUCCAUAUUGUACAGGGGGCAGCUCUGUGAUUUAUCAUUCCCACACUCACUUCCUGUGUGUUCUGCAUGUUAAUAGUUUUAAUUUCCAAGUAUGACAGAAAAACUCCCUCCAAUUCAUAAGCUUUAGUCCACUACAGACAGACAGGAAUGUCGAUCCUAUAAUCCGCAUUUAAGGAAUUCAGCAGCUUCCAGAAAACCAUGAGGAACACAGAUCCAUGAAUCACUUUACUAGUGUUUUCCAAGGGUGAGUGCAGCAAACAUGGCCAGCAGCGAUUCCUGUCCUCCUGCAGUCUUUGCUGCUGUGGGUACUUCAUUCAUACUACCACACAGCUUUUCUGUAACAGAGAACAGAUGGACAGCCGGCUGCAAAGCAUUUUUUCAGAUCUCUAAAUACACUAACAAACAAGACAAGUCUGUCAGCCUCACACCAGCUGCAUUAUUUUCACUUUUAAAUCAUGGCUGACAUGCUGCAGGGCAGGCAAGGAACUAUUUAAUCAGUAUUUAAUCAAUAUAUGAUUUUUUUGUUUUGUUAAAUGGACGUUUCGGUGGUUAAAAUUAGCAUUACAGAUCCAGUCCUGUGCUGCUGUCUGUUCUGGGCUCAAUCAAAUAUAUCUGACCAAAGAAAAUUUCUAGAGCUAUAAGUCUAGAGCUAUAGGCGGCUAUACUGGAGCUUAGAAACAACAUAUGAUUGGCAUUUUAGGCCAGUGUAAAAUAAAGUGUUAACGCCAUUUUAACUGACUGAUAAUUCUGGUGCUGAGUGGUGAGAGUGACGACGUUUGAUCCUUUAGCAGGCUAAACUCAGUCCCCCAGCUUUUGAUAAGGAUAUUAUAUCAGCUUUUGGUUCCCCAUGGACUGGACUAGGGAUGUAAUGCUGAGAUUAGUACUCACAGAUUUUUUUAACAGAAGGAUUUAAGGUGCUACCAACCCACAAGUGCUUAUAAAAACAAAAAAGUCAAUUUAUUCAACACAGCUAAACAUAGGAUGAGUAUCUCUACCUUUAGUCUUCUCUGCAACUUAAUGCUCACUGUUUAUAUCAAAAUAUGAAGUGUUGUCUGUUGUAUUUGCUUGUUUAGAUGCUAGUUGAGCAUUAUAACAUGACAGUGUUAAAACAUAACUGUAACUUAUUUAACAGAGCAGUAAAUCUCAUGCAUUUUAUUAUUUGUUUGACUGAACAUUCAAACCUCUUGUUGAGGUGAAAGAUAUCAGGUCAGGAAAUCAAAAACAGUGUCAGUGUGCAGUAAGAGUUGGAAGCUUGUCAUAUUGCCUUAAUAUUCCAAUAAUACUGAUCAUAACACUUUGCAUUUUUAUAUUUCAGUGUCACAGUUUAACAUGUCUCCUAAAUAUUUGUUUUUUCUCGUUUGCAUGAGUCAAAGUUGUGUCUAGAUGUUUUCAGCGUCUCCAUGGUCCACUGGAUGGUUUCUGACCCGGCGCCACUUGCUGCCGUUGGCUUUACCACUAAUGCUGUUUUAGUCAAUUAUCCUGUACAACUCCCACUCAUGUAUAGAACAGAUAUACAUCAUUCUGUGAGGAGAUAGCUGUGUAUGAGGAUAUUUGGGUUAUGUCCCCGUGAGAUACUGAAGAGCUCUUUCAUGUAACAUAUAAAAUAAAAGCUCUAAAAAUGAGAAGCUCACAGGGUGUUUUUUGACAUUUUCGACAGUUAAUUUGUGUCAACAAAAAAAAGAAGAGAGACGAAGAGGAGCAGGGAUGGAGAGGAUAAAGUCUUGUAUAUGAGUAUGAGUCAUAGAAAAGCUCAGCAUAUAUAAACAGUUUGGACAGUGUGUUGGAGUAUUGCACUCUGCCCAAAUUGUUGGUCCGACUUAAACUGUUAUUCAGUGUCAACUAAGAUUCAAGAAACAUGAACUUUAACUUGGAAGUUCAAAUUCAUUCAUUUAAUACCUGUAAUUUACCUUUACAGUACUCUCAAACCAGAGAUCACAGUCUGCUAUCCUCCUUCUGGAUUUAGCACACCUCUGUCUCUCUCUUUCUGUCUCUUUCUGUCUCUCUCUCUCUUUUUGUCUCUUGCUCUGUUUCUCUCUUUUCCCCAUGCAGACAAAAAGGACAGCCAGAUGUUUUGUAAGCAGACUGAUUAAACAUGACAAGCAAGAAUGGAAGAUUGAAUGUUAGUUUGGUAAACAGUCCCAGGAUAGUACUUUCAUUUCUUUUUUUUUUCUUUUUUUUCACAGAGGUUGCUUUUUUUCCUGUGAACCCGGCGUUUGUUUUUUUGCGAAACCAUCUUUUGAAAUCUCACGUAGUGUAUCACAUUACUUGUGUCUAGAAAUUGAAUAUUUUGCAAUAUCUAGCGUUCAGAUCUAGGUAGAAAUGCUUCUUUGCUCAGGCAUUACCAGUGUUGUUUCUAGACAUGUUUGGCUGUGGAGCUGUCUAAGCAUUUCCUGUCUGUUUCAUUUGUCAGUGUAAUCAAACCGUAAACAUCCUGUGAAUUACAAAAAAAAUACUUUGUUUUCAUUGCUGUUUCCAUGUUUACUUUUCAAAGCAGCAGAGUCGAUAGUGUGAUGAUAUUUUCCGUAAACUUUUCCUAACUUGUGAAAAACUAAUGCUGAUAAGUGUGCACACGUGGUUUGGGUGUCCACAACAGUUAAUCCUCCCCCGCCGGUAUGGGGGUCACCUUGUUACCUUUUUUCUAGGACAGGAGCUGAAUUUUCUUGUGUUUUUCGAACAGUUUCUAAUCUUAUGAUGUUUGGCUCAUGAAGGUUAACUCUUUUAGUUCCCAAAAGGGUCUUAGAGCCUGUUUUUGUACUCAAGUCCUUGGUGACUGACAUACUUCCCACUUCAGUGUAGAUACUGUGCAGCCAAAGUGCUGUGUUUCUGCAGUGAGGUAACAUGAUAAUGUUGAUGAAAACUAAAACAGAAGCAUUGAUAAUCAUUUUUCAAAUCAACACCAGUUAGCCAAUAAACAGACCAGUGCAAUAAAACAGCAUACUGUGGUAUGAACCCCCCUGACUUACUGUGAUAUUUCUAUAGUCAGAUCUAAUAAUGGAUCCCUCUGGUUCUGAAACCAUCCUGGGACAGUGACUUGGUGCUAUGCAACCAUCAAACACAGUGAUGAACCUCACGAGGGAGGAAGAUGAUGGACCAGGUUUGCUCCAUCAGCUCCGUCUUAUUGUUCCUCUGCUUCAGACUGUCUGCUCUGGUGUUGUUCAGUUUUCACCCCACUAGGUGAAUUAAUCUGCUGCUCCUCGUCUCAGCUGGCUGGCUGUUAUCACUGAGCGCCUCUCUCUUUUCAUCUCACCUUUGUUGAAGUUUCAGGUUUCCAGUGCGGUGAUAACUGCCUGUAAAAGCCUGUGAAUAGAAUGAAGCUAGAGCCUCUGUCUUUAAGUGAGAGGUGUAGUGUGCGUGAUGGUUAUCAGCCUUGUUUGGAAAUGAGUUACUAUAGCUGCCUUUAUUUAAUGAAUAUGAAUUUAUUUUGUAUUUUCAAGGCUCAUCCAGCUCUUGUGAAGCUGUGAAAAGUUCAUUUUAGAUUAAAACUGAAAGCUUGAGGCCUCAAACUUGAGAACAGUUUCUGUGUCAGAUUCAGAAAGGAAGGCUGAUUAUGCAGAAAAUGCAUUCUCCCAUAGCAACCAAACAGCUUGUGUGUAUUCACAUCUUAAUCUCUCGUAAACUCUAUUUACAUUUCUCUUUCGGGGAAUACAAAAGGUUAAUAUCUGCAGACAUUUAUCACAUGUUGACAUGAAUACCCUGUUUGAGAAAGUAAUAAUUAAACCACAUCUUAUGUACACUUAGUGCCUUUAAUCCAUAGAUAAGAAAAACUCUGAUGUGUUUGAGGUUUGUUAGUCGUUAGACCUGAUGUUUACAUGCUGCCCUUUUCCCAACAUGUGGCUAGGAUAUUUGAAUGCUUGAAUAUUUGACAUGCAGUUAUUCACCUCUCUGAUCCAGCCUGAGUCAUACAGGGUUCAGGCUCAGAUACCAUACAGCUGCUUGAUGAGGAAAAGAGGAAUGAAAGGCUGUGCACACAGUAAAAUGCAACCUCCGCAGAAUGCACUCUCUUUAACAAGUAUUUAGCAGAAAGAAAUGAAGUGAUAAUUACAGUGGAGCAUGUUUAUGUACAGUUCGGCUCCAGGGUUAUGUCUCAGUUUAACUCAAAUGGAUGAUUUUCCAUAUGAACACUCUUUUCAGUGUGUUUGUGCUUUUGAUGGCUUUGCCCUCGGUUGCACGGUCAUCACUUUGGUGGAACACUUGGACCUUUUGAAAAAUAGACACAGGCAGCCAAAGGCUCAAAGAAAGGCUGUCACUUAUCAGACUGCAAAAUCAAAUUAUAUACACACGUUUGCACAUCAUAUUUGAUAAUCCUUCAAAGAUUUUUUAGAGUAACAGUGUCUGCUGAAGUGUACUGUGGUUCCUGACUUUUUGUGUUUGCACAUGAAACCGAGGGGAGGUGUGCUCCUUAGGCUUUGGCAGGGAGCAUGUAGAAGGGCAUGAAACUCCCAACACAGAGCCAUGCCACCAAAUAUCACCACUGCAUGCUAAUAAUUUUUUAGAUGAAGGUGCUCUGGACUAAAGCGUGUAGCACAAUUAUUAUUUGCACAACUAUCCAGAUAUUUUGACUGAGCUAUAGUUUAUAAUAAGAUUUGUAAAAAUCAAACUGUAGUGUUUUAUUUAAUGUUUUUAAAGUUGUUACAAGAGAUAUUGGUGUAUCUGUGAUUGGGAUGAGUGUAAAAUGUCAUCUGGAUAGUUGACAGACAUAGGUUUGAAGUCCCACCCAAUCAUUUUUUUUUACUACUUCAAGUGUUAUCAGUUGUGAUUAUGAAGUUUUUACCAAAAAUCACGUUACCUGUGUCAUUUUCAAGGGCUUUUCUUCUGCAGAGCUCCAGUUGCUCAUUAGCAAUUCGCCUCUGAGUCGUGGGCGGAGACAGCGCUGUUCUGCACACUCCUCUUCACACUAGCUUGCAGCCUAACAUGGCUGGUGUAGUAGAAGUGGCAGGUAACAUAGGAGCUAUUCAGCUCUCGGACACUAAUGUGUUUAGGGACACAAUGAAAGCUAAUAUCAUUAUUAGCCUUCUUUUGAGCAUUGCAAUCUGGGAACGCACACACUCGUUCUGCGAUUGUCCUCUGUAUUUCUCCUCUUUAUGCAGAGUCUGGCCUGCAUAGUAGUCUUCUGGGGUGGAACUUGGAUUAGUUACGUAUGAAAUCUCUCUGUUUCUGAACCUGCCAUUUGGGUCUGCCAGAGAUUCACAGCAAUUUGAAUGAAGAAAUACUCAGAAAAGCAAUUUCGCAUUUAGUUUUCUCAUUAUAUGUCCUUUAGAAUCAGAAAAUUUGCCAUACGAACAUGUAGACAACAAGAAUAACAGGAUUUUCAUGGAAUGAGUCUUUAAGAGGUAAAGAUUACAGGGUUCAAGUUUGGGUGAAAUGAGCCUUUAGUGGUCAGAGCCUUUGUGCUUGUGGUCUGUGAAGUGUUAUGAAACCAGCACUUGAACACGCUGCUCGUGUGUUUAGGAUUCCUGAGCCAAAAAAGUGAAGAACUUUUGAAGAGCGAGACAUUUUCCAGCUGCCUCUUCACUGCUCACUUAAAAAACCACCAGCAAGCGCAAUUACCCUUCACCUUUUACCCACCACACCACUCUCACACACACUCAGUGUAGCCGCACACACAUGCUCAGGCAGAAGGAGGGCGUGGUGAUGAAUGGUAGUGGCCGGCGGCUGGCAGCUGUGUUUAUCUUGGUUCUGUCUGUGGGUGGGCCUUCACUCUGUUUGUCCUGGGGAGAACUGUAACUGUCGUGUCAAGGCUGUGUCCAACUCUGACUGAUGUUUACUUUACCUUUCUUCUACGGAUGUCCUCUGAAAUGUUCACUUAUUGUUCUCCUGCAGGAAAAUAAAUGAUCAUACUGUUUCAUACAAUGCCAUGGAAAAAUCUGAUAUUGAUAUAUUACUGCACGUGGAGACGUUUUUGCACAGAGCAGGAAAGUUGCUCUUCUCUACCUGUUAGGGGCUAGUAUUUGUGCUCUGUCCUUUUUACAUGGGUCAGUUUUUAGCAUUAAAGAAAUGACUCGCUGAACCGCUCUGGAUGGCAUUUGUUUGCAUGUGAACAGGACACAAUGACAGGCAGGAACUCUCAAUGAAGUUGUCAAGUAUCGUAUGCGUACUUAAACUACAUUAACAGCAAUAACACACAAAACACUCACCAACAACAAUGUGCCAAACUCAGUCAAACUGAGGAAAGGUAAGACAAGGAUGGAGCAACACAUUACUUCUUAAUUGCAUUUAUUCAACCAAUAAACACAAUUAACUAGCAUGUUGUUAUUCAUUUUUAAUGAUGUUCAUAUGUAUAAUUUAUCCACAUCACCUGCCCUGUGACUGAUACCUCUUUGAAGGGAAACUUGCUUUAUUUAACAAUAAUGUCUCAUGCUUUUAUUUUGAUGUUUUUCUGUCAAGCAUGUAGGUUGCUUUGUUUCCUGCAUUGUCAAAUUUUUGAAGUUCACAUAGCUAAAUGAAAACAGUCUCCAUAAACAGUUAGGAAAUGUAAAUGUUUUAUUGAUUAUUCCAAACUCUAUGUUGUUGCUGGAUUCAAGACAAAUCAUCAAUUGUUAAAUGUCACGUCAAUGUCACGUUUAUUUAUAUAGCACAUUUAUAGGACAGGCCAGACAAAGUGCUUUACAGGAGAAAAACACAAAAUAAUAAAAGCUACAAGUAUGGCAACAUUAAAAGGGAAACAUACAAUAACAAUAAUAAAAGAAAAGCGUACACGAGUAAAAGCAAGUGACAACUCAACCGAAAGCUAGGGUAAACAGGUAGGUUUUAAGGUGCGUUUUGAAUGAGGUGAGGCUGGUUGCAGAACGCACAGACUGAGGCAGGCAUUCCACAGUGUGGGAGCAGCAACUGCGAAUGCCCGAUCCCCUUUGCUUUUAAGCUGGGUUCUCGGCACAUCUAAGACCAUCCGGUCAGCAGACCUCAGGGAUCUGGCGGGUUGGUGCGCCUUGACAAGGUCCGAUAAAUAUUCUGGGGCCAGCCCGUGCAAAGACUUAAAAGCAAAUAAAAGAAUCUUAAAAUCAAUCCUGAACUUGACUGGGAGCCAGUGAAGUGAGGAGAGCACCGGUGAGAUGUGCUCCUGUUUCUUGGCUCCGUCGUCGUUGUCGGCUUGUGUCAAACAGCUUUAAGGACCACCAUGUUCACGUCACAGUGUAAGUGUAUGCUAAUUUUGAGCACAAUACCAAUAAUACAUUUUUUAAAAAACACACUUAUUAUCGGUUCUGGUAUUUUUCGACGGCCUUGGAUAAAAUAAUGAAAAAUGUGUAAAUUAAAACUAUAGAAAUACAAAAAUAGUUUUAAAAAUUACAGAUCUCUUCAUAAAGUUUGAAAAUAGACACAUUUCAGUGCUAGUGAAUGGAACAAGCUUGUGUAUGUAAACAUUGUUCUUAAUCCACUACAAAGUCCUGUCUGUCCUGCCUGAGAGCCUGAAGAUCAGGACUAUCCAGUCUUGGUUUUGGUCCUUGUCCCUUUAGUACAGAAAUUUCUCCAGAUUCUCAAAAUCUUUUACUGAUGUUAUGUUCUGUAGAUGAUGAAAUCUACUCAUUCUUUCACCUUUGACACUCAGGCACAUUAUUCUGAAAUUGUUGAACUAUUAGCUCACGCAGUCCCUUACAGAGUGGUGAACAUCCUCCCAUCCUUUUUUUAGAGAAAGAAGUGUAUUGCUGGCAUCCAUUUCAAGAUGAGCAUAUUCUUUAUAAAUUGAAAUACAUUUGAUGGGUUGUCUUUGUACGUUUUUCUUUUACGUUAUCAUAGUGAAAAUCAUUUGUAAUUUGAGAUUGUUUUCUUUACUUAAGCUCUAUUAUACAGCCUAUUUGUUGUUUUUAUGUCAGUGUGUUUCCUGUACAAGCUGCUCCAAUCCAAUUACCCCAACCAAUUGAGGAUAUUUCAGUAAGCCGAGAAUUUAGUUGGAUAAAGACUCCAUUUGUUAACUGAAAGCGGCUUUAAUGAAAUGCCAUUGUUACUGUAUGAAUAUUUUCAUGGCAGGUAGUUAUUAGAUCAAAUAUUUGGUUUUCAAGGAAGAGCAGGCUAGUCAGUGAUGAAGGCACUCAGUGAUGCUCAUGUUCACUAAGUUACAUAUGAAAUGAGAAAGUCGCUCACCUGUGCCUUCACCUUGUGUUCAAGGAUCUGAGACAAUCCAAUAAUGCUCAUGGGGGCCCAGAUGACAAAAUGAGUUCAACAUACAGGGGUAACUUUUAAACACCCAUCUUAACUGGCCUGGACCAUCCAGCUCAUGCUGAAGCUGGUUAUCAGCUCAGAGUUAGAGUGAGCCUAUUCACAUACGACCAAUAUGAUCAGUCACAAAGAUGAACAAAAUUGAUCAACUCAGAAUUACUAUGAAAUUAGAGAAUUAUGAGGAAGUUAAACACAAACUCUGAGUUUAUAAAAUGUAAGAACUGGAAGAUAAGAAAAAAAUCAGCAUGCUGAAAGUGAAUGCUUAAAUGAAGUCCAACACUAUCAGCUUUCUAUCAUAAGUUUUUAGAUGCAGUAUUCCAGCUGCAGGGCUAAAAGUCAACACUGUUGUACUGUAAGAUUAACAGUCCAUAUGUGUGCUCUAAAUUUUAGCCAGCACUGGCACAAGCAGGAGAACAAUGUCUGAAAAUCCUUCUUGCUCCAUGGAGUGUUUGACACUUCUGUGUGACAGUGUCAGUGUUGACACUCAUGUGCAUGUUUACGUUCUACAGCUGUGUUAAACACAGAUACAGAUACUCUGCCUGCACAGUUUCUGUGUAAACCAGUGGCUGCAUUAAAGUGAUUGUAGACAGAAUUUUUAUCACAGGCUUAUCAUGAACAGAGGAAAUGGUAACAGCAUGAUGUACUUGACUGACAUCCCAGUUCCUGUGAUUCGAUGUUUGCAGUCACAGUGGUCAAAUUCAGUUCAGCCUUGAUAAGUAUUUUGUUAACUGUUUUUUUUUUUUUAAUGAGUAUGUUUGUUCAAAAUGUCGCCUGACAAAUUAACCCUUUAACAUAUGCUUCCUGGUGUGUAAACCUUUAUGUCUUUGGAUCCGCUGAUGAAUGUGUGUUUGAUUUUUCUGUAGUGCGUACUCUCUAGCAUCUUCUUUAGCUUAGGGCCUGAAUGUUAUCUUCAUAAAUUAUUUCAGGAAGAACAAACUGAUAAAUGUGUAUCCACUGUGCCACAUGAUCUCAACAGAAGUAUUUUUCAUGCACUUUCAUUGAUUUUUUUCUAAAAGGGUGACCCUAACAGCUUUGCAUCUAGUAUUGAUAACUAAAGGUUAGAGUGAUACACUGUGGCUUUGACCUGUUUACUUGCCUCCCAGAGCUCCCCGUAGGGCUGGUACUUUUGCUUCUCAUGCUCCUGUAAUGUUGCAAAAGUUUCCUCGUGUCUCUCCACCCUCCUGACCACAGAGACGGGAAGAUGUUCUCCAAAAGUUUACACAUUCCAGUUAAAGAAAGCAUCUGCUGGGAUGUGUUCAUGUUUGUGUGGGUGGUGGAGAUGUGGUAAUGUGUGUGCUGCCUGGUUCUCAGAGCUCUUUCUGAGGUUAUUUGAUCCGAGAUGAUGAAGGACUGAAAGCUAAAGUGCUUUUCCUCCAUGUUGUUUCCCUCCUGCAGGUAGCCAAUCAGACGCUCCACACAGAUCGGCCUGACCUUCCAGAAUGUUUCCAGUUGUCUGUCCUGUCAUGGCUGCCGUGCGUCUACCUGUGGGUCGUCAGUCCUUUCUACCUCUUCUAUCUCAAGAGGAACAACAGAGGCUACAUCAUGAUGUCCAUAAUGAACAGAUUCAAAACGGUGAGUGCAGACUCUUAAGUAUUUUAUCAAGAUGCACUCAGUCCUUGAACCAUCACAUAUGUUUAGGAAAGGAAUGUUAAGCCACUGUGAGGCCUCACCCUCUGUGUCAAAGGUAUGGAGGAGGGGUGGAGUUUUUCUGCAGUGGAGACAGCCACGAAUGUGUUACACAGACCAAUCAGAGUCUGUAAAAGUGAAGCUGACAGGGCAGAACAAUGCUGAAUGUAAAGCCAGCACAGUUAAUUACAUGUUGUUCACAUUUUGCUCUACAAGGUCUCAAGAAUGUAUAAAAGCUAAGCAGUAACCACCAGACAAACAUACACAUCUACAGCUUGGUUUAGAAAAUGGGUUUGGUCUGAAAAGUUCGUUUCCUUGUCCAGAAGCAGAACCAAGGGGUGGCCAUGGUCACCUCUGAAGUCUGAUCUCCCUGAAAUCUCAAACAGUCAUGGCUAAUGUUGAAAAUCAACUGUUAGGGUUGUGUUUAGGUAGCUAGAAGUGGUUGUUUGGUGAAGUAUCAUGCAUGACUCUUUUUAUUCGGGCCUGCAGUGAAUUUUCAGCUGCAGGUACACUAUGUCAAUUAUUAAAUCAUGUCAGAUUAUGGGGAAUAUUUUCUCCCCCUUUGUAUCCAUCGCUGUACCCCUCUGUCUCUGCUCAGCUGCUGUCUGUUAAUAGAUUAAGUACCUGUCCUAACAGCCUGAGAGUUUUACCUGAUAAAAUCUACAUUAAACCAGAUAAGAAGUUUACUGAUAACAUAACAUCAGGUUGAACUCAUGUGUGCACAAAAUGACCACUCACUGAGGCCAACUUGUCGCCUCUAUAUAAGUAUUUCAUGUGCUUUGAAAGUGUCAGAAACAGACAUCAGACAUAUUACUUCAUGUCUGUACUUGAAGAAUACCUUUGUGAUUGAAGGUAGAAUAGAAGUCAAACAGCAGGAGUAACUAACAGGUUUAAAGGUUUGUAUGUAUUGGUAUGGAAAAUACCAGCUUAUCAGUUAUCUGCAGAAUUCCAGUAUCAUGUGUCCCCUCUAUCCUGCAAUAAUGAGAUGGGUUGUCAGCCAGUUUCCUCUUACCCCCCUUUUGUAUUUUCCGUUUUAAUCACUGUUUUCUUACCUCUCCGCCCUCCUCUCUCUCUCUCUCUCUGUUUGCUCUCAGGUGUUUGGUUUGUUGUUAUGGAUUGUGUGUUGGACCGACCUCUUCUACACAUUCCACGAGCUGCGGCAGGGAAACAGCCAGCCACCAAUUUUCUUCAUCACCCCGCUGGUUCUCGGCAUGACCAUGGUGAGGAUAUAAAAAACAGUUGCACAGGGACUCCCACCCUGUGAAGAGUACAGUUUCUUUUUGAAGGAAAGAGUGCUUCUUUGGGACCGAACCAUAAGGAUUACAUGUGUGACUUCCAGACCUCUACAGAGUAGUUUUUUGGAAGAGUCAUGGCUUGGAGCUGAAUAUAGAUUUUGCAGUGGAAAUAUUCAAACGUGUUUUAAAUGAGCAAAUGAAAGCGGAUGCAUAACACAGAGCAGAGAUGUUAUCUAAGGACACAGACGGAUGAGAGAGAGCCUCUUCAAGUGCUGUCAGCAGUCCCUGAAUAAAUGGAUGUAGAAGCCAAAACGGCAAUGAAUUAGCAUCCAUAUAUUAUUAGGGUAACAUGACAGUGCCUAAAUCAGCUGCUGAAUUAACUAUGCUCUGUUUUCCUUUUUCAUGAAUCUGUUAAAUAAAGGGGACCAUACAAUUAGAUUUCAAAUAGAUAACAGAAAAACAUCAGUUCAUAGAAAGUGCACAGAGUUAAUCCAGUGACGACAGAGGCCGGACUAGAGCCUGAGUAAAUACAGAUAUUUGACCCUCUUCCUGUUACACAGGAUAGAGACAUUCCUCCUCCUCUCCAGUUUCAAAAGCUGCAUGCUGUGCUCACACCAUGACUCAUGAUUUCUGUCUGUUUAACACUUGAACUGAUUUCUGCACAAACCUAGCCAAACAAGGUGGUCCAGGGUUAUUUCCCGUCAAACCGGUUUGGUUCAUGUGCAGUCAAAGCACAGUCUGUACCUCCACUUAAAGGAAAUAUAUGUGUCCAUGUUGUUGCAGGGUUUCUUAUUAGCAAGGAAAAGGGAGAUUAAAGUGUCCUGUUUUCACUGAGACUUCAACUCAAACUAGAGUGCAGGAGGCUUUAGGCCAGUAAGGAGUCAUUCCCAUGAAAAGGUCGAACAGCAGCAGCAGAUGAAAAGUCAUAUGUUUUGUGAGGUUGUAAAGGUCUUGGACUGGAUUGGAAACAUUUGGGAGAAUUUUCGUGUGAAACUCCCUGAACUUUAAGAAGCUUUUGAAAUUUCCACAAUGAAAUUUUCUGCUGAUUGUAGGUUCAGACAAGUGAACAGAGCCGUGAGUAAUACCAGAACAUUGUUACUAAAAUCUCACAUGAAUUACCAAAGUCAUUUUUGCCACCCUGGUGUUGGAGCUCUCGGGUGGUCUUUUCUUUUGUCCUGGUUGGAACAUCCUGGCAAAAAUGGAAAGACUUGCCACAAAGUUCUGCACAGAUUAUAUGAGUAUUCAUGGCAUUGUUCAUGUGAGUGUGUGUGGUCUGCAUCUUCUUUAGGUGGGUUUCAAAUCCAUUUAAAACAUGGACUCUGUCCAGAAUUUUAUCCCUGCAAAACUUCACCUUUUCUCGACUGCAAACUUAAAAUAAAAGGAUCCCUCUAACAGCUCUUUCUUUCAAAUCCGAAUGAAUCACUGAAUUUUAACAGUUCAUCCCAAUAUCAGGUUUAAAGGUGUUGAAUAGUGAGGUUCUUGUUAUCAUAUCACUGUUGACACGUUCAUGCUAACAGCUCCACCUUAAAUAAUAACUGAAUUAUUUCAAUGUGGCACAUCUUUUGGCUGACAUCUACUCACUAGGGAAAAAUCUUUAAAAGAGGGCACACCAGAGUAUGGCACUUUUCACACCACACAUCCUUUCCCAUCCAAGUAUUGCGCGUGUUUUUCUUUUUAGUGACCCUUUCUAAUCUGCUGAGCGCCUCAGACCGUGUGGUUUGUGUGAGGAGAGAGAAGUCGUGUAUUGUUCUCUUUGGAGUCUAUCAGGUUAAAAAACUCCUGCUGCUGUUUGAUGGAGAAACAGUCUACAUGACAGACUGACCCACUCAGACUGUGGCAAACCUUGCAUGACCUCAGUAAUCUAACGCAGUCCCUCCUGUCCCCUCCCCCACCCACUUCUCUCUCAGCUCCUGGCCACGUUUCUGAUCCAGUUUGAGAGGUUACGUGGGGUUCAGUCCUCAGGGGUCCUGUUCAUCUUCUGGUUCCUGUGUGUGCUGUGUGCCAUUGUGCCUUUCCGCUCCAAGAUCCUCCAGGCCUCCAGCCAGGUGAGAACACGCCUCAGUCCUCAAAUGCCCCUCAUGUCUGUCUUUUCUGUCAGGUGCCACUUCAUCCUUCCCCCUCAACAUCUGCCCCAGACUCUUAUCCUCUCUUUCCCUGUCUCCUCGCCUAGUUGCUCUUCACCUUAUCUUUCUUCUUGUUCUAUUUUGCCAUCCUCCCGUUUUCUGCCUGUUCUCAUCCUCAUUGUUCUUGGCGUAUUAGAGUACACUGCAGCAGCCCCUCCCCGCCCCCGCUGUUGUCUCAGGAGUUAGUUGGGAGCUUAUAGUGAGUGGAUGUUUUGAAGGGUUCAUACCAGGCCACUGCUAAACAGAGAGGGAAUAGUAGAGCUGUUGUUCCUGGCAUACUUAUCUCACCUCCAGUGCUGCACACAGCCUUCGAACAGAGCAGCAGCAAACAAACCCUGCAGGCAUCAUGAUAAGACAGUGUUUGUUGGAAAUCCAACUCAGUCACAUCAGAUUAUAUCAUGCAAAUUGAAUCAGUACAGUUUUCCAUUAAUGCCAAAAAAUUCAGAAAACCCUAUGGAGAUGCACUUAAAAUGUGUUUUUUUUUCCAGUACUUGAAAUAAUGUUUAAUAGUGUUGGUUUAUAGCAAAGAAAGGUUACCUUAGAGCGGCUGUACACAAAUCUUUAAUCAUUAACAAAAGCACAUCAUGGCUUCCUGUGGAGGGAGACAUUUUAAGAAGCUGUCCCUUGACCACAAAGAGAAUAGUCAUCUUUACUCUUUCAUCCAGCUCACUGUCACUUUUAUCAUCUUUCUAAAGCUGUGUUUCCACCAAACUGUCUGGUUCAGCUCAGUGCAAAAGUAUGGAAAGGUUCCUCGAUAUAACAGCUCUGUAUUGUCCUACCUUUUUGGCAGUCCCUCUCUGGGGGUACCAGGUGCACUGAUCCGGGCCUAAGAUGUGGUGCUCGACACUUUGUCUGAAAUGAAAACCCUCAUUUACACCCCUGAACAAAAGUUCCUUUUUGAACUGUAAUGAAUAAUUCAAACUCAUAGUAACACAACCAGUGAAGAAGCUUCUGUAUGAUCUGUUAGAGGGCGCCCUCAUUGUAAACUGACCUGUCCAUGCCCCCUUGACCUCAGUAAACUAAUACAGAGAUGUUAGUCGACAAAAGUGGAGGACAUGGUCAGGGAAGGAUGCACUGAGUGGACAAUCACGACACCAACACACCUGACAAGCUCUGUGUGAAAGUGUUCAUAAUAAAGGACAAAGACAGGACUCUAUGUCCACUUUGUAUGAAGUAGCUGUCUAACUUUGUCAACAACUACAAAUUUGUAGCUUCACUUUAUGUCUGCAUCUAUGGGAGGCUCCAGUGGUGAAGGAAGAAUCCCCAACAAGUGUUUAACCUGUGUGACUGCCUUUUUUACAGCAGGUGCAUUUCCAGAGAACUGGAGAAAAGUCAUCACCAAUAAGACAGCAGAAUUCAAAUGUCUGUGGACAUUUGCAAAUCAUGUCUGAUCUUUGUCCAAAGUUGAUUUCUGAAAAACUGACAGACGUGCUACCCUCACACACUAACACACAGCAUUUCUGCAACAGCACUCUAAUGAGGUCUUACCAUCACAACACCUUUGUGCUAACACCAUGCAGUAUGAAACACCCUCAGUAUACUGGUGUCCUGGUGUUACACAUCACAUUAUAGCUUUGCAGGAGCACGGCCUGCACCUCGGGAGCUUCACAGACAAACUACAUAGAGUUGCCUUUAUUUCACCCUCCAUUACACCUCUUGUUACUACCCCUGAGGGACGAUCAGAGGUGCAACUACUCUGCCCCACUAGUUCUCUUCCAUGCAUUUAGGGGUGAAAUCAUUCAUUUAGGUAGUCAACAAAAUUAGUGGCAGACAAAAGAAAAAACAAAUGAGUUGUCGCUGACUAUAUCACACAUAGUUUCAUGCUGUGUAAGGACAUGAGAUCGUUUUCUGGAGCUGAAUGACUGAAGAGUGAGACAUCUCAGCGGCUUGGAAACAACUGGUAAAUAAAACACAACGUGCAGCAAAGAAAAGAGCUGCCUGCGAGACCUGGAGACAAAAACUUGCUUUUCAUGGAAGUACAUCUGCGAUGCACCAGUGUGUGAGGAGAGAGUGCAGUUAGUCCAACAUUAGAGCCACAUUGUGUGAAUUCUAUGUUUUCAGUCCCUUACCCUCCUUCUCAUUUCUUUUCCUUUAGAAAGCUGCACAUCAAAACUUAAUCACUGAUAAUUAAUAAUCAUAAUCUAACCUCUCUUUUCAUGAGUGCUGUUGUUAAAUAAGAGCAAUUCAGCUAUUGUGCAAUUCAGUAUCCAAUUAGUCAAAUGAUCCUUUCUAUAAUCAAUGACCAGUUAACUAUCAAAACAACAGUUAGUUGCAGCCCUACAUAUACUAGCUUACAAUUGCAGACAAGUCUCAACAGGGGCGUAAAUAUCCUGCCCUGAAAUGACAGCAAGUAAAAGCCAACUGUAAUUCAUUGGUAGAGAGAGGAGGGGUGUCCUCAAGCAGGGGUCAGGCUCAUAGACAGUUAUCAGACCAUUCAAGGCUUUAAGCACAAGCAGUAAAAUUUUCAAAUCUGCUCCACACCUCUCAGGGAGCCAGUAAAGGGCAGAAAGGGACAUUCUAUAAUGAUCACGUCUCAUGCUGUGUGUUAAAAGCCCGGCAGCAGCAUUUUGAAUUGAUUAUAGUCUUUGGAUUCCAGAGUAAAGUGGCUCGAAAGUGAAAUAAAAUAUAAUAAGAAAAAAAAUGUAUGUGUGACUUUUUCUAAGCUGACAAGAGGAAAGGAAAGGACAGGCCUGAGUUUAGUUUACUGCCUCAGCUGAGCAAAGCAGGACUGCAUAACUGUGGUCACCAGGGGAGAGUCCAGAGUCAAAACUGACCCUUUGGGGUGCAGAUCUCUUCACAGAUCAUAUUAGAAAACCUGGGGCCAGGGGACAGAGGAGAACUGUAGCAGACAAUAACUACAAAGUUGGAGUCAUUUAGCAGUUGAAAAUUAACUUUUUAAUUUUAAAAACCUGUUUGGAGGAACCUUUUUAGCUCCUGAUUCAGAGAAUUAGAUAAGAUUUUAUCUUGAUUCAAAGUAGGAUAUUUAAAUCUUUGAAGUAUUUCUCGCUAACUCGCUUCAUCAGGUAUCUGUUACACAGUAAAGUCAUGCUGUGGGAAGUUGAAACGCACACGAGACUGAAAACAAUUAUGACCACAACCGACUAGAGUGGAUCUGACAGUGAGUGAUCUGCUACACUGGACGUUAUCCUUGGUUUAGGAUUAAGCUCUUGGCUAUUUUAAAGGCUAUUGCUAUUAGCGGUGCUAGAGUCUACAGUCAUUUAAAAUAAGCCGUUAUGCAGCUUAAUAAAAAGUUAAUGAAAGUCGUAACAAGUUGUAGCUUGUGGUGACAUUUGCUUAAUUUAGCACACAGUCAUCACCAGUUUGUUAGAGGGCUAUAUUAAGACAGAGUAGGUGAAAUAAGCUAAAUGCAAUAUAGACAUGUUAGCUCAUGUUUCUCCUUUCUAACUCAGUGAUGUUUAUUAACCCAGCCACUGGACGACAACAACAAACAUACUGCCCAGUGCCCACCACAGCGUCCUCCAGCCUGUAUUUUUUUAUUGCGUUGGAUUAGUGAUGCUGUGUGAUCAACUGUUGGACACCUUAUGUUUUUUUAAAGGUUAAAGGUUUAAAGAUUCAACAGGAUAUGACAUCAUAUAUUCUAUGAGUGACACUUGCGUUCAGUCAAUGGGUGAACGAAGAUUACGUAUAUCAUCUUGGGGGUACGCAGUUUGAGCAGAGUGUCAUCACAAUGUUCUCCAGCCGAGAGCUACAGCACAUACGCUAGUUUUAGGAAAUGGAGAAAAUUCCUGGAAAUACAGAGAGCAAUAUGACUUCAGAUUCGCACAAUGACAGGAGGUGGAGUCAUGUUGUCCAUUAUGUAUGCAGUCUAUGGUUCGUAGUCAUAGUCAUCGCAGUGUGAAUGCAAACAGAAAAAAAGGUUCUAGUGGAUCGUUCCUCUUCAAAAAGUCCCAAGACCUGUUGGAAUGAGAGCCACUUUUCUCAGGAGGCCUUAACAUCAUGAAUAUGGUGGGUAUGCACCUACUCUAACAGAUGUAUGAGAAAUGCAAGUCAUCGUGAAACGUUAUAGCUGACAUGACUUGCAAGUGUUGGGUGUUUGUUUAGUAAAUCCCUGUGUGGGCAAAGCUUCUUUAAUUUUUACUCAUAAUCAGACUACAGCUGUAGUACCUGCAGGUGCAGACCAAGGAAGGUAUGUCCAACUGUCAUUACGUACCUUAAGUUCUGCUUUGUUGUCUGUUUGUCUGUGGCUGUUGAAUGUUUUUCCUAAAAGCUUGUGUCAGCCUUUAUUUCUAAAAAGAUAGAAUUUGUCAGACCUGAAAUUGAACCAGCGUUGAAGACUUCAGCUCACUGAAAUCACUUGUCCUGCAACUCCGGCCUCAUACAACCACACAUCACACCGACAUGUGAGCAGCACCUCAGGCGGUCAGUGGGUCAGGUUAUGAGAAAGCUAGAUGGUGAAGCGGGUGAACGUGAGUCCAGCCAGGUCAGUCCAGGCCACAGCAGACCUGAGCUGCUAUAAUCACUUUGAUCCAGAAAGUUAGUCCAAAUAUGAUUUAGAGAAAUUAAAGAGAUUUGCAGUGAGAAAGGUGUUACUUCUAUUCUUGGUUUUGUGCAGCUGGAGGAUUGUGGAUUGAGGAUUGUUUGAGGUGGAGGAGGAGGAGCAGGGGAAGGAGGAGGGAGUGAUUUUGUAAGAGCUCCUUGGAUUGAAUGGGUUUUGACCAGUAGUGUUUUUGCAUCAGUUUUCUGAAUGUGCACAAUAAGGUGAUAAAGAUUUAAUGACCUGUUGACUUAAUUGCAUCAUUUCCUCAAUAAACUUGAACAGACAGGACAGCACAGCACAGGCGGUUUCUUCUUACUUAUGGACUGUUACCCCCUGAGAAAAUCAUUAAAUGUUGUCCCUGCUGUGUUUGAAUCAAAGACCAGAUAAAUGGAGACUCGCAGGGACCCGUUAAUGUUGACAGCUUGGUCUUUAAAAAAACAGGGAUCCUGAAAACAGUAAAAAAAAAAAAAAAAAAAAAAGUGAGAGUGAGAGUUAGGGGUGGUAAAUAACCAAUUGAAAUGGGAGAAUCUUGGCUUAAAAUGUCCAUGCUGGUGAUUGUGAUAGACCACAUUAAAGUUUCAAUAUUUAAACUGUGUAUGCAUUAAGAGUGAUCACAGUGGCUGUGCUACUUCUGCUCUCUUUUAUAAUUGUAAUAGUGAUUUUUUUUCUACAUGUAGGUAUGUUAGAGAGCCAAAAGGAUAAUGGUAACAUAAAAAGUUUAGCAGAGGGCCAAAUGAAGGGCUUUGCAGGUGACAUUUAUUUAAAGCUGUCCAAGGCAUUUAAAGAUCUCUAAACUCUCUCAAAUUUUAACUCUUAGUUUUCACAAGCCCAAAAAAUGAACGGAAGUAAGUGGAAAAACUGUUUAUCUUGUUUAUUAAAGCAUGUCUGUCUGUCUAACUGGAUAAAACAUAUUAAUUCAAAUCAUAUGUAGCAUUUUCAUUCUAUUCCGUUUGAAGAGCUUUGACUUAGUCCCCUGUAAGUGUUAAGUGAGUAUCAUCAUCAUCAAAACUAAGAAUUUUACAGUCUUAUUGAAAACUAAAGGAUCUGAGCUCGUCCACCACAACCUGCAUCUGUAUAACAUCGAGAAUCAGGAUAAUAAUUUAUCAUGAUUAGGACCAAUGUCACAGUUUAACCUGGCAGUCAGUGAUUCCCACAGCCACCCUGGCAUUCUUAACCUGUCCCUUGGCUUUUCAGACAUACGGGCACUUAUGUACACAACUGCCUCCUCCUGCUCCUCUCCCUGCUCUCCUCUCUCCUUCUGCUCCUCUUCCUGCUCUCCUCUUUCCUUCUGCUCCUCUCCCUGCUGUCUUCUCUCCUCCUCCUACUCCUCUGCCUGCUCUCCUCUCUCCACCUGUAUGAGAGCAUGACAUGUUGAGGUAGUCCAUCAAUGACUACUGACUUUCUCCUGCUCCCAAACUCUGUUGCACAUCAAUCUCAGCUCAUGUCAUAAUGAUGACCUAAUGAUGAGAGCUGCUCAAGGAGGAGUGGGGGAGAGGGCAUGGUACAUCAGGAGGAUCUGAAGUAAUCUGUUUUUUUUUCUAACUCUCAGCAUUCUGUUCAGACUGUCCAUAGAUUUAGUGUCACAUGUAGUAAGCAAACUCAAGUGCUGUAUGAAGAUAAUGAAGCGUUGUGAGCAUGUUGUCAGGGUUUCCCUUACCACUCUUCUUAAGUGUGGUAUUUCACACAGAUGGUAGCACUGCUGUAAACUCUCUGCUUUGUAACCCAGAUAUUUUUUUUUACAAACUUAUUUACAAAUAAACCGAUCAGCCAAAACACCACCUCCUGCCUAAUACUGUGUACACACCCCUCAGGACCAAAACAGCCCUAACCUAACCUGACCUGUUGAGACAUGGACUCCACUAGACCUCUGAAGGUGUGCUGUGGUAUCUGGCACCGAGACACUGGCAGCAGAUCCUUUGAGUCCCAUAAAGGGCAGAUCCAUGGAUCAGACUUUUUUGUCCAGCAAAUCCUACAAAUGCCCGAUUGUGAUCUGGUUAAAAAAGAUGUCCUGACACCUCUUUGUGAGAACCAUGGGUCACCUUAUCCUGCAAAUUUAGCCCCAGUGGCUACUCUGUUAGAUCAGAGCUCACUGAUCACAUCAGUGUGCCCCGCCUGCCCGUGACCUCAGACAACCCUAAAUCUAGAAAAGUUGAGACUUUGCUGAAAUGUGGAUUAUAAAGAGAUUUUUAAGGUUGGCAAAUCAUUUUAACCCUGUAAUUUACAGAAAAUAGUGCAAAGAAAACAUUUUUAAGUGUUUAUUAAGUUAUGAAAUAUACACUUAUUUGAAUUUUAAAGUAGUAAGUACAGGGAAAAGAAAAGAGUUAAAUAUUCUAUAAGACCUAAAACAAAACCAUCUGAAGGAACAUCUCCAAACUAAAUACUUUCAUCUUUGACAGGGGAGUAACAUGGUGGGGUGUAACAAGAAGUGAAGUUUUGGUCAGUAUCAGAAUCCUCUUAAAAACUGUGUUAGUGGGUUUUAGGAGCAAGCUCCCUCUGUGAAAGGUUGGUGAACGAGGCUCACUGCUCUUAACUGAACUUACCUGUGGUCCUUAAUGACUGUUCGGUGUGAGUUCUUUCAGACAUAAGUUUAAUUUUAAUCUAAUUAUGAACUCCCCGUGCAGAAAAUCUCACCAGAGUCCUUAAUACUGUUUGUCUUAACUAACCUCUCCUUGUGUAUGUGUGUGUCUGUAUGUGUGUCUGUGUCUGUGUCUGCGUGUGUCCUCGUUUGACCUUUCAGAGCGAAGUGACCGACAAGCUGCGAUUCACCACCUUUUAUUUCUACUUCGCCCUGGUGGUGUGUGAGCUGAUCCUUUGCUGCUUCAACGAGAAACCUCCGCUCUUCUCCAAUGUGGUCACAGAUCCUGUGAGUCAGACAAUCUGCUUCAAUGGACCUCACAGAGCAUGAGUCUGUUUGUGUGUGUGUGUCUGUUUUUUGUAUGUGAGAGCCUCUUAUUUUGCUGCUGACACUGUACAGUGUAAUAUUUGGUCCUCUUGAUAAAGCAGGUCACACACACACGCACACACACACAAGCACUGACAGCACAAUUGUUUCUGGCUGCUCUUAAAAGUAUGUCCAUUUUAUCCUUGGUUAACCCCUCUGGCCUAUUUUUUAUGCACAUUUUCAUUUCUUCUCAGAAUCCCUGCCCUGAAAGCACCGCAGGUUUUCUCUCCACUGUAACGUUUUGGUGGUUCACAAGGUGGGUUCACUCAGGAAAAUAGGAUAAUUUGCAGUGACUGUGAAGUCCAGAAAAAAAGGAAUAACCGCAUGUUUUUGUCUUUAUUUAUGUCUUUAACUUCAACACCUAUAUGAUAUUUAUCAUAAAGUCAAAAAGAGCCAUCUGUGCAGCAGAUCGUUUUUCAAAAAAAAAAAAAAAAACUUACUACUGUCCACUUAGUUCCCCGUUUAACUAUGUUAGCUUAUAACCAGCCGCUAACUUGAGGGUUAGUGGAGAAGCAUGUUAAUGUAAAUUAUGAGCACAGCUACUGAUGUAUGAUCUGAUCUGAUUGACCAGGUGUAAGUGACCCCUGAGACUCAGUAGUUUUGCUCUGCUAUGCUUUAUUUGGCUCUGACAACCUUUGGCUGUCUGUGUUCUUCUGUCUCCACUUAACUCGGUCUUCAUUCACAGUUUUUUUUUUUUUUGGCUAACAGCUUCAGCUUGAUUGUAAAUGACUCACUCAUUGACAUACAUGUUGGUUGUUCUACACACUUGCUAGUCAUUUGAUUGCACAAACAUGUUGCACAUACACAAACUGCCUGAACUGCUGAUCAUACAGCUAAACACUCCAAACAAUCAGAGGAGAGGUUGUAAUGUUUGCAGACAUACAUUCAUUUAAAUCCCGAACUGUUAAAAUGUCACACAUGAUCACAAUAGCAUUAUUCUUGCAGCACUAGAGUGAAAACUUGAACCUGUCUGCAGUAUUUGUUGUAGUUUUAACUACCGGUAGAUAAUUGUAGAGGUACAGCUUAAUAUAAACUAUAAACAAAUGUAAGCAUGUUUGAGUUAAAGCCAACACCUAUGAUAUUUUCUGUUAUUUUGAUUCCUGCUAGAAAAAGGUUAGGGGAACUUUUCCUGAGAGAUCGACAUCGUUUCUCCGUUCUCUCUCUGUAACCUCUCCCUCUGCCAGAAAUCACAUUAAACCAAUUUCCAGUGAAAUUGUAUCCACUGGUCCAUAAUGAUGAUUAGCAAAAUCCGGGAAACUCAAUAAAGUGUCUCAUGGGGAGCUUUCAGAGAGAUGUUUCAGAGACACAGGAUUUCAUAUUUUGAAUUAUAGUUUUAUUACAAAAUGUUAAAGGUAAACAUUUAAAGGUUCAAUAAGCAGUGAGACAGGAGGAGGCUCACCUCCCCAUCAUGUGUUAUUUAUUUGCAGGUGAAGUGUCGGAUUAUAUUAACCCUUUGUUUUCCUCUCUCAGUAUGGCCAUCAAAGGUUACAAAAUGCCCCUGGAAGCCAAAGAUCUGUGGUCACUAAAUGAGCGUGACAGAUCCAAGGUGAUGGUGCCCAGACUCCUCAAAGAGUGGGAGAAGGAGCAGAUCAAAGCCAAGAGGUAGGUUUGAUAAAAUCAAGGAGAAAAAUGAGAAGAGGGAGCGGGUGGCUGUUGUGCACAAAUGAUUGAAGUGAUGAGAGUUUUUUGUUUUCAGAUCUUGGCAUAAAGAUUUAUAGUCAUUAUGCAUCACUAGAGCUUCUUGUCUUUGUUUGUGUAGCUUCACCAGCAGGAGUGGUGAGCAAGGGGGUGUUUCAGUCUGAAAUGUGACCGCUGGGUAUUGCUGAAUAUUCACAUUUUUAAUAUCUGACAUUGUUAAAGGUCACAGCUCUAACCCAGCCUGCCCUGCUGAUAUUGAAGCUAUCGCCUUACUUUAUGCAUGAAUGCUAAUAGGCGGUAUGUGUGCUAAAUAAGCACCCAUGGGUGUGUUGGUUUUGAAAUAGGGUGUGAUCAGGUGCAAAGAUGAUGUGUUCCUGUCAUGAGCGCACAGAAAGCAUCUGAGCCCAGGGUUUGGAGACUACAGUAUUUUCCCUUCAUCUCCAUGCACCAUUAUACAGUAGGGUGUUGAUUUCAACAUAAGAAUAAAGACACUCACGCAACAGCUACACCUCAGCUCUACACGGGCUGGAUACUCCAGAUCAGGACCAUCAUCAAGCUGUCCAUCAUGCACACACUUGUAUAUAUGCAGAAACAGACUCACAGGGACAGAUGUCAAUGCUGCUGUGCCUUGUGUCCAAAUACAGUCUGUUUUUGUCAGUUUGGUCACUUUGCUGCUCAGAGGAACUGUUGAACAUAGACACAUACAGAAACACACUCCGUACAGUGACCAGUGUAUUAAAAGGCAUGGUGGAAGAAAGUCAGUUUGAUCUACCUACUUGUGCUCAGUGUAUGUAAGUAGCAGGAUGGAUAAGUACACCUGAGUCUUCAAGUGAAUGAGAGCAGACACACUGGUUUGAUUCAUAUAAAGUGCAAAAUGCACUAUGAAAUAACCCCACCCCCACCCCCACCCUGAGGUAUUUGAGAAAAAUGAGGUUAAGACAGGGAACUUGAGAGCUGCUGCAACUCUUGAUUCAUUUCAGAGGCACAGCUGGUCGAUAAACACAUUAUCCUCUUCCAUGUUUUUGAAUUAGAGCUGGUUUAAUGUAAGCUUAUUACUCACAAAGGAUGCUGCAGCCAAGCCUGAUUCAAGAACAGAGAGAUCACGAUCCGCAUUAAAGUCCCAGUUUAAGUGUUAACAUACAGUCUGAAGUGCCGCAGUGAUUCUUUCUCUGUCUUCUGUUUUGGUCCUUUUAAAACUUCCUGUCCACUUUUAAAGAUACACAUUUUAUUAAACAGCUCAGAGCUAGUCCAGGCAGGCUGUGAAGUAAAGGAUUUUAAGCGCAGGAUUUUAUGCAUCCAAUUGGCAAAAGUCAGAUUGGGGUGACACUUGCCCUGUGCUGUACCUCGGGUCUUUGAUGAUUCCCUGCCCCCAGCUUUUGAGAUCCACAUAUGCUUGUGGAGCUCUCAGAACUGAGCCAUGCCUCCAAACAUGUCCACAUCUCUACACAAACAUGCAGGAAGGUUCUGGAUUUGGUUUGUUUGCAGCUGAAGUCACAGCCACUAUUACUUAAGCUCCUCAUUAACAGAUUUGAAUGACUUAAGAUUUGUUUAGUCCUUGAAUGAUUAUAAUUAAGUAGGGUGACCAUGCGUCCUCUUUUACCUGGACAUGUCCUCUUUUGGGGCUGUCCGGCCUGUCUGGGAGGUGUUUAUAAAAUCCUUCAAACGACUGGGGUUUUGUAUGGAAGCCCGUUUCCACCAGUGAAAAUAAAAAAAGAUGAGAUAAAACAUUGUCUUUUCAUUUUAUUUUAUUUUAUAUUAUUUUAUUUUGUUUUAUUUUAUUUUAUUUAAAAAAAAAUGAAGAACCCGGAACGUGUCAUUUAUCAUAAAACAGUAAAACAAACAUCAGAGCUCUCUGCUGCUCUGCCCCUCUGCUCAGUUUUAAGUAAAGCCAUUGAUGCAACACACACGUGUUGUCUUUGGGAAUUCAGUAUAUGCGUUUAACUAAGUUAGAAGCAUGUACAAAACACUUGACCUGACCCAAAAAACACUCAAAAUUUUGCGCACAACUCCGCCCCACGUAAUAGUGUUCUCUUUUUGGGGAUUCGGAAUUUGGUCAACCCAAAUUAAAGGAAAGUAUUUAUUUUGGGGUAUUAUUUUGCCUUUCCUUUACAGUCCGUCACGUUUGUCUGUGUGAAGUGACUGUGAAGUGACUUUUCUCUACAACACUCUGAGCAGCUUGUAAGUCAUUUUUGUUGCUUUGGUUUCCAAAGAGGUGUUAUGGUAUGGAAAUGAAAAUCCUGGUAUCAUCACAGUCUGUAUUGUGAGCUAGUCUAAAGUGAAAUUAAAGUAUGUUCUCCAAACAGUGGCAGCUGCUUUUGUAUGACAACAUUUGUGUUUUUAUCCUGUUAAAGUCAACGACUCCCUCUCCCUCUUCUUUGUGAGAGCAGAGAGGAUGUUGUUUUUAAAAUGGUAGGGCUCUAUGCACGAGUGUGUGCAGAGCACAGUUUCUAUGUGUCUUUGUGCACAGUCUUUGUUUGGUUUCACUUGCACAAGUGGACAGUAAAAAGUUUUUUUUUUUUUCUCUCAAAUUCAAACGACAGAAAACCCUCAUUUAAUCUUCUUAAUUCACUUCACUGCUUGCAUUGGUGGACUGGUAAACAUAAAUAUAAAGAAAAAAGGUAUUAGUUCAGGGUCUGCAGACAUCAGAGAGAGUCUACGUGAAUAUUGCCUUUAAGCUUUCAGUUUGUUUGUUAUUGCUGUUUACCCUCCUGAAGCUCUUAAUCCAUCCCUGUGGCUCUCUUCAGUCUGCUGCAGAACAUGAUGCUUUUCAUGCAGCCUGCAGAAAAGAGAGAUAAGGGAUUGGUAGCUUUGUGACUCAGAGCUGCAUGUUUCUGUAAAAGAACUUUCUUGAACAAACACACUUGACAAGCUUUGAGCAGUCUGACCUCUUGUGCUGCAGUUUCUCUGUCCGAGUUUCAUUGUGCUUUCAGUUUGUAAAGUGAUAUAGAAAAGCGAGGUCUUUUCACUCAUGCUAUGGAAACCUGUUUGGUGUUAAGCCGAAUUCCUUUACAGCUGCAGACAAGAGUUAGUUCACUGCUGGAAUCCGACUCCUUUAAGCUGGUUUUACAAUGGAGGUUGUUUAGUUUGCUAAACACACCUCUUACUGGAAAUAUUUCAUAGUGAGGCAAGCUGCCAAAGAUCUUACAGGCACAACUCACUAAAACAACCCAAGAGGCCAAACACGUGCAGGUUUGGCUGGUGACUUUUUGUAUUCUAGUGGUAACAUACGUGCACGGACAACCCUCAUUGUCUACGUGUCCAUACGUUUCUCUAACUUUACCUAGCUCUGUCCCAACACAGGAGAAUUAAGGGCAGCUGUUUAACCUGUGCAGCUGUCAACAGAAAGUCCUGAACUGAUUGUUCAGAGGAAAGGCCGUCUAAUCUUUCUUUUUAUGGCUCUGUUUCAUAUGACUGACUGUAAGCAGGUUAAUUACACUUUAAAGAAGGUCAAAUAUACUUUAUUACCAUGAUGAUGAUUCAUGCACUCUAUCUAAGGUUUAAAUAAACCUUCACAUGGACUUUGUGUCUCAAAAACAAUGGCUCACAUUCAUGAAAUGCAAGCAUACUAAAUGUGUGGAAAUACUUUGGCAGCUAUAUUGUGAUCUGUUAUGUUUUUUCACAGGGCUUUGAAACCUGUGGGUUUAACAUGACAAAAAAAAAAAAAAAAAAAAAAAAAUUCAACACAUUGAGUGAAUUGAGUUGGUAAUCUGCAGGAUGGAGCUUCAGAUUAGGUUAGAAUAUGAUUGAGUGAUUUAAACAACUAGAUAUAUGUGUGUAUUCUGCACAUUUUUAUCGUAAAAAGUGGCAAAUCAUUAAAUAAAACAAACAUACACUACAGGCCAAAAGUUUGGAAGCAAGAUCAGAUUUGUACAAAAAAAAAAGAUCAUAGUUUCAUAUAUAUAAUUUGCAACACAAUAAAUGUGACUAUUGUGUAAAGAGUAACUUAUCAGAAGACAUUUUGACUAUAAUUAUUAGGUAUUUGAGUUAUUGUUGCUUAGACUUUGCUUUCUUUAAAGUAACCUCCUCUGGCUUUAACAACAGCUUGGCAUAUACCAGGCAUUCAUUCCACAAGUUUUUUAAGGUAUGUUCCAGGGAUCGCAUUCCAAGCUUUCUUAAGUUCAUUAAAAAGAGACUGCUGAUUUGUGGGACUCGUUUUUCUGACCGAUCAAUCCAAUUCAUCCCACACAAGCUCAAUUAGAGAAAGGUCUGGAGACUGAGGGGGCCAAACCAUCUUUUGAAGAACACCUUCCUCUUCUUUUUUGUCUAGGUAACCCUGACAGAGCUUGGCAGGAUGCUUAGGGUCAUUGUCUUGCUGCAAAAUAAACUUGUGACCCACAAGUCUGAGUCCAUACAGAACAGCAUGGUGCUGGAGGAUGGAGUGGUACUGUUCCUUCUUCAUUAUACCCUUAUCACCUGCAAAACAUCCCCAUAUCAUGGAACUACCACCUCCAUGCUGAAUUGUGGGUGUAACACAUGGUGCUUUCAGACGUCUGCGGACAUAGACUCUGCGUUUUAAACCAAACAGUGCAAACUUGUUUCUAGUCAUCAUAAGUCCAAUUUUUGUGAGCUUUUGCCCACUCAUAUCUCUUUUUCUUGUUCUGUGGAUGAAGUAGUGGGUUUUUUUGCAGAUACACAACCCUUCAGACCAGCCUUUCUCAAACGUCAUUUCACGGUUGUCAGAGAUAUGGGUUUGGACCUUGUCAUGUUGAUUUCCUCCCUUAUUUUUGUUGCUGUCUUUUGCUGAUCUCUCUUCCUGGUGACAAUGCUAUGUUUAUCCUCUGCUUUUAAAGUAACUCUCUUUCGUCCAGGCCUUUUUCUAUCAUCAUAACUUCCAGGUUCCUCUAGUCUCUUCAGAGUGUAGUGGACUCCUUUGUUAGACACCUUUAGGUGUUUUGCAAUUUCUCUUUCUGUGUAUCCUUCUUUCCUCAAUGUACAAAUAUUUACUUUUGUUUCUUUACUCAGUUGCUUCUUUCUAGCCAUUUUUUGCGGUAGUUUGAACACAGUUCAGAUUUAUUAGAAUUUUUGUCUGCAGACUCUCAAAAGCCACAAAGUUGAAGUGAAUAAUCCAACUGUGAUUUGUUUUUUUGCUUUUGCACUGAAGUUGUGACUCUUGCAAAUGUUUUCAACCCUGCAACUAAGCCCUUAUUUUCUUUUGCUGACAUAUAUUUAGCAAUGGUGUGUUCACAUUAAUGUAUAUCUAAAGGUAAAUGGAGUAAAAUGGUGCAUUUCCAUGAAAGCAGCAUCUGAUCAUGGAGUAAAUACAUCCCAAAAUACAUAAACCUCAUGCUGGAUUUAAAAAAAAGCAUUGUGAACAAAAACUUGAAGUUACUCCCAACUGUUCGGCCUGUAAUGGCCUUGCUUCCAAACUUUUGGCCUGUAGUGUAAAUGCUUAAUGUUUUGGCUCAGUGAGCUGGUUCAGAGAGUGGAGCAGUCAGUGAGACAUGGUUGACUUACAUGUAAGAAUCAAGCCUGUGUGUAUACCAGCAUGUGGACAGGAGUAAAACUGAGCCACAUGCAGAUAUGUGCUCAAGCAUUUACAACCUGUGCACAUGCAAAUCCAUACACAUGGAUUUGCAUUUGUUUUGACCUAGCACACAGGGGCUGUAUUCAUGUGUUUAUGUAAAGGCCUAACCUAUUCAUAGAAGACAGGAGUUACUGAGUGUCACAGCACCAUGCACUGGGGAAAGUUAAACCUUUUUCUCUUCACUCCUUCUCACGCAAAAUAACUUCAAUCUUUGCAUCUUUAAAGUUUUCCUCCUCUUUCCUUUUUCUCCAGAUCCCGCUCACAGGCCCACGGGAAUAACAUAUCCACACCUCCUUUUAUGGUGUUUGUUGGCUAUUCAUUUAUGCUGACUGCUGACUUGUGGGGGUGCAGCUAAUUUACGAGCAUUUGGCAUUUGGUUUAGGUUUUAAGCACCAAAGACUGUUAUGUGCAAAUCUAUGAACAGAUUUAUGGACCUUUGAAGAAUGAGACCUACUGACCAGAAUAACCUUUGAAAGCAGAGUGUCACACUUUGAAUUUAAAUCCAUAGCUUUUGAUAGAUGCUGCAGAGAUGAGAUGUCUGUGUUGAUAUAUGAAUUAAUUCAGUUUUCUCCUGAUUAUUCUGUAUAAUGAGCAUUUUUGUGUCAGAAUGGUUAGAGGAUAAUGUGUCCAGAGUAAAAAAAAAAAGAAAUAUAAUUUAUUGAAGACCAUGGGGCAAAGUUGUGGUAAGGUUACUGCUGUUUAAAUUAAGACUGUGGACAGUGAUGAAAACUGUUGUGACUUAGAUAGAAGACAUGACUUUGAGCUGCCUUUCUGUGCUUGAAGCCCCCUGUACUCCUGCUUUCACUGCACUAGUUCCCACAGAAAUACAUGAAGAAUUUCCAUAUUGGCGCUGUAGAUUUACUCAAUACUAAUCAAGAUUAUAUUUAUUCAUGAGAUUAUUGAACACAUUUACUCAUGAUUCUCAUGAAUUCACUUCAAAUUCUGCACAUGAUGGAAACAAACAGCUGGUUCAUUACUUGAUCUGUACUAUUAAAAUAAAACAUUCAUAAUUUAUGGUACAAUCAAAUGUUUGUCUCAUUUUUGUAACACAUAAAGACAUUUGCAAUUGGAGACAAGGUUCAAUUCUAUCACAGGACAAUAAUAAAAAAAAAUGUGUUUGUACUUUUAUCAGGUGUCUGCAACAAUUGAAUAUCAGGCAUCUCUGAUCAAAGUGGUGGCUAAAAUACGUUUACUUCAUAAAAACUAGCAGCACUUACUGAACAACUACAAGUUCAUAUUACACAAGCAAGUUUCCAGAACAGCAAAUGCAUCAGAAAAAGUUCAGCAGGCUGUAUUUGGCCCACUGGUCGCUAGUUGAGAAGCCAUUUUGCAAAAAACAAAAAGUUGGCAGCAGGACAGCAGAUGUACCAGUACACAGUGAUACUUCACUGAUGGUUGCAUGCAUCAGAGCAACACAGCAAAGACUGGGUGGGUGUUAAUUCCAGUCUCUGAUCACAGUUCAUCCCUGGUACGCUGUUGAAUCAUGUCUGGAUUGUUACACAUUUGUCCACUUGAGGAACUUGAACAAUUCUUACUCCUGAAAUCUUCUGAGAUAAUCAAUCAAUAAACCUGUUUUACAGAUAAACCCAGUAUUUGACUUAUUGAACCGUCCCCCCUCUCUUUCUCUUCCCAAACUCCAAAUCUUCCAGUGAUCAGAAUCUGUCCAGCCACGCUUUGUACUCCAAACCGUCGCCAUCCACCACCAACCACGUUGGAGGAGGUGAAAGCAGCCCGGAGGAAGUGGAGGUGCUGCUGUCCAAUCAGAAAGCUGCUCCCCACCAGCCGUCCUUCCUGCAAUCGCUCAUCAAAGCCUUUGGACCAUACUUUCUGAUUGGCUCAGCCUUCAAGCUCCUGCAGGACGUCAUCACCUUUGUCAACCCUCAGCUGCUCAGGUAAAAAGAGAGGUCUUAUGUUGCUCUCUUCACUGUCCUCACUGUAGAAUAUUUACAUAUUUCCAGACAGCAAAACAAGUUACUAUUGUUUAAGUGUCCCUGGAUGACAUUUUCAGGAUACAUUUUUGCAUAUUGCCAUGCAUUUUUGCAUUUUAUCAAAUAUAGUAUGUGUCUUCGUGUAAACUGAACACUGUUGUUGUGUGGGAUGCAAAUAUCCAAACAUGUAAUCAUGCGUAUUUUAAGCCCUUCCAAAACCAAGGUGGAAAUUUAGUGAUAGCAUCUUCUGUGUGAAGUAACAGAGAUGGCUUAAAAUAAAACGAAUGUAAAUGUGGCUCUGUCAGUCAUAGCAAAGAUCCCAUAUUCAGGAUGCCUUUACAUUUACAGUUUUUUUUCUCAUUUUUUAAAUUAUGUUCAUGAACUUCUGAUUUUAGAGGCAAAAUCAGCAAUCACAUUAAACGCUGUUUUCACAUCAUACACACUGCAGCCAGGACUAUUAAAGACUUUUCAUUUCUGUCCCAACCAUCUAUGAUUAUAGAAAAACACAAGGUAAAUAUUAGGGUGUAACAAAAACAAAAACAGAGCUAUGUAUAAUUUUAUUGUUCAAAUCUAGCAACAAAUUGAAAUCAAGUUAAACACAUAGCAGCUUCAUAUUUGAACCUAGUGUUUUUGAUGAACUUAAUCUUAUGUAAUCUGAGUGAUUAAAUACAAAAUAAUUGGUAAUUUACCUGCUGAUACAGUGACAGUAGUAAACAUGCAAGGAAAACUUGGUUCACUUUUUAAUCUGAGUGAAAUUUCUCAUCUCUCUCCACCCUGCAGGAUGCUGAUCUCCUUCACCAAACAGAAAGGUGUUCCUGAUUGGUGGGGCUACUCUCUGGCCUUCCUCAUGUUUUUCACAGCCGUCCUGCAGACGCUCAUCCUCCAUCGUCACUUUCAGUACUGUUUCGUCACCGGCAUGAAUGUACGCACAGCUGUCAUAGGUGCUAUCUACAGGAAGGUAGGAGACGCUCUUAUUUGAGAUAUUUAACCAUGUGAAUCUUAUGAGGUGAAAGAGACCUUAUUAGAGCUUGAUUUGUAUUGAAAAGGAAAUCACAGUGACUCGUGGGAUGAUUUAUCACAGUUUGCAUAAUAAAAAAAAAAAAGAAGACUUCAACUGAAGUGUUGUGUCCUCCAAUCUUUGACCCGCAGGCGCUGGUGAUAACAAACGCAGCCAAGCGUUCAUCCACAGUGGGUGAGAUAGUGAACCUGAUGUCUGUGGAUGCACAAAGAUUCAUGGACCUCACCACUUUCCUCAAUAUGCUGUGGUCUGCUCCUCUUCAGAUCAUGCUGGCACUGUAUUUCCUCUGGCAGGUACAAACACCAAUUAUACUUGUGAUUCUUGUAGAUGGUAAAAUAUGAGAGAACGAUAUUUGAAUCCUUUUUUUCUUUUGACUGUAUUUCCCCAGAACCUGGGUCCAUCAGUGCUGGCUGGUGUAGCUGUUAUGAUCAUGCUGAUCCCCUUUAACGCCGUUAUUGCCAUGAAGACAAGAGCUUACCAGGUACAGCAGUCACACCAGGGCUGUGCAGGGAGGCCCUUUGGAGCAUUUACUAUAUAUUUUGGCACCUUCCACUGUCUUUAGGUUAAAACAAACUUUGUCAUCAGUUGGUUGCUGGAGAAAGUUAGUCACCCUCCUCUGGAGGAAGCCAUGGGAAUGAUACCCAAACUCAUAACUAUUGAAGUCUGUGUUAAAAUUAGCAGGAUAGAGUUAGUAGCUAACUAAAUGAGGUAAUAUCAGGUUACUUGAGGACAUGUUCCAAGUCAGGUUAGCAAAUGUAAAUAAAACCUCAUCUUGAUGUGAAGAAAUUUCAGGUUUAGACUCUUACAAAAUCAAUUUAUUAUGGAGGAGUUAUGUGAUUCCCAGCAAUAGAAAAUAAAUGUGCAUAUAGAUAAACAGAUCAAUACCUGUUUAACUUUUUAAUAUGAGCCUUAGUGAGCAUGAAAAUACAUACAAAGAUGCUGAGAUGUUUAUGACCAAAGAAUCACACUGAAAUCAUGAAGCAGGCAUAUUUGCCCAUUUCCAUGAGAGUAUUGAAAUUCUAAAUAAUACCCCUUAAGGUGCAUUUAAUAAAAAAAUGAAAAAAAAAACAAAACAAAACAGAAGAAUACAUUUGUGAUAAAUAGAGAGUUAGGGUUGCCUUAAAUCGCCAAUAAAAAAAACAAAUCAUUUGACAUCUGAAAUUCACUGUAAACAUCAAAUCUUUGAACAAACAAAGCUGUUUGUCUGAGAUUGCCUUUAUCUCUGCACUGAUAAAGUCUUCAUCUACAGUCUGAAUUUGACCUGCUUCUCAUUAUGUUCAUGCUCAAUGAAAAGCGGUUUGACUUCCUGUCCCCGUCUCCACUCUCCUCUUCCUCUCUCUCAGGUGGAGCAGAUGCAGUACAAAGACGCUCGUAUCAAGCUGAUGAACGAGAUCUUGAAUGGCAUCAAAGUCCUGAAGCUGUACGCCUGGGAGAACUCCUUCAAAGAAAAGGUCCUAGCUAUUCGACAGAAAGAGCUCAACGUGCUGCGCAAGACAGCCUACCUGGGAGCGCUGUCCACCAUGGCCUGGACCAGUGCCCCUUUUCUGGUAUGAUGUCCUGAAACUUGCUUUGCGUGCACAAUCAGUGAAAGAAUAAGAAUUUGACCUGAUGAGGUCAACGAUGAUGAAUGUGUGAGAUCCCAAUGAGGCCAAUGGGCUGAAUGAAGUUGCUGAUGGAUCCAUUAGAGGUUCUACAUUUUAAAGUCUGUGACACUGAAGCAGUUUUUGCUAACUUUUGUCAUGAUUAGAAAUAAAGACCUAUAAUAAAACAAAGGCUUCAGUCUGAGCCCUGCUGAACAUUUAGAGCUCUUUGUUGUCGAGUUGUGUGGUCCCCCGCUAUGUCUGUGUUUGCUUGAGCAGUUAGCGUCAGUUGCUCUUUACAGUCGGCCACAGAUGGUUGGUGACCUGAAAGAAUAUCAGUCCUCUUAUCAUAGACACUACCCAUAACAUGUAGAUAUGAAAAGAUAAGACCUGAGCUGCCGGUCUUCGUAUCAGUAGGUGAGUGAAGAACAGGACAGAGUUAUCUCAUGUUGUUUUGGACUGCAAGUGAAACAUCAUAUUUUUAUGUGCAACACCAGUCAAGAUCCCAACAACUAGCACUAGGUUAUGGCACAGAGCUUAAGGUCACACAGCCCCAACACUGAGUUAAUGGUUUAAGAUUACCAGCUGUAGGUGUUUGGCUUGUAACUCUGGAAAUGAAGCGGUACCAAGCCUAUUCUCAGUCUUUCAGAAUUCUAAGGAAUUUACUGAAACAGUUAACUGUAUAAAAGGCCAGAAGAGUUGUGACACAGAGUAAAAUGAACAUAAAACAGGUUUAACGUUGUGCACUUCAUUUAAACCCAAAUUUGAUUAAGAAUCCUGCUAAGACAGCUGGCUUUUCAACUGUGUUGAUAACAAAAGCAGAGACGGUAGUGUACAUAAUAGUAAAUAAAGAAGGUCAAAUGUUAACUUGUCAGACCAAAGGAGAAUUUUGGCUCAUGUCUACGUCUAGUUUCCUCUUUCCAUGGUUCAGUUUUUAACUUGCAUUUGUGGGUGCAGCAACAAACUGUGGAUACCAUUAUUAAUUUUGGAACUAAUUUGAGCCCAUGCUUUGAUUUCCACUACAGAGUUAUGCUUGUUUUUAAUGCCUGAAGGCAUGAAGAUCAGGACCAUCUUGUCUUGGUUUUGGUCCUUGUCCCUUUAGUACAGAGAUUUCUCCAGAUUCUCUGAAUCUGUUAAUGAUAUUAUGUACUAUAGAUGAUGAAAUCCACUCAUUCUUUCACACUUGACUCUCAGGAACAUUAUUCUGAAACUGGAAGUGUUCCUCCAGGUAUUUUUCUAGCAUUACAAAACUUAUUUCAGCAUGUUGUUGUCUUUGUCCAAACUUUUUUCAAGCUUAUUACAGGCAUCACAUUCAGAUGGCGCAUGAAUUUGUUAACCAAAAAAAUCAAGUAUUUCGGUUUCAACCUUUGAUAUGCUGUCUUUAGACUAUUUGGUUGUUACUCAGAGCCCCAGUGUGUUUUGGAGCAGAAGAGGUAAGCUUGGAAUCAUUUACUCUGCAGCAAGACCGGACAAGCCCAAGUGCAAAUGCCACAUAGGAGCACGAUUUGCAUCAGCUGACUGCCUGUUUUCUGACCCAGAUCAUGAACUUGGUGAAAAGUGUGACCUGAUCCAGGAGGUCUGUGAGUUUUGUGUUAUUUAGAGCAGAGAGCCUCUGUGCAUGUGCCAUGACAACCAGACAAAAAUAAGUCUGGAAUAUGAGCCAACGGCGGCAGUUUUUUGACAUUUUGGCUGCUGCUCACAUCAGUUACUGAGUCAGUCUGAGGUCUGCAGGUCACCUGAUUCAUUUGCUUCAGUUUGACAUGUUUUGGGGGGAUCAAUCCGUCACAGUUAUGCUAUAUUUGUCAGAUAAUUGCACACACCAUCAGUCAAAGCUGGUGCCUGUCGGUGAUUACAAACUUUGUGUAGUAACAAAGUGAUUCCUGAGUUUUUGGUGGACUCAGAUUCAUGUUUGAGAGUGUUUAGAUCUCACAGAGUGGACUGCUUUAGACCUCUGGAGUCAAUUGAUGAGUCCUGGUGUCUGAGAGGCCUGUUUCCUGGUGUGUUUCCAGGUUGCCCUGACAACAUUUGCUGUGUACGUGACGGUUGAUGAGAACAACAUCCUGGAUGCGGAGAGGGCCUUCGUGUCACUCUCCCUUUUUAACAUCCUCAGGUUUCCUCUCAACAUGCUUCCUCAAGUCAUCAGCAGUUUGGUGCAGGUAGGAACUUUUCCCUCUUUUUGUGAAGUGUUCCUUUAUUUCAUAUCCUCUCUGCAUGGGUUUGUUAACAUAGAGAACCUGUAUGUUUAUUCUGCAUCGCAGGCCAGCGUCUCACUGAAGCGUAUCCAGAAUUUUCUGAGUCACGAUGAACUGGACCCAAAUUCAGUUGACAGAAAGAACACAGCCACAGGUGAACCAGAAAAUGGCAACUCCUCUGAUUAAAGAUGAAACAGCACUCUUUCUUCUUCACACUGCAGUCAUUUCUUUUGUCAAUGCACAAGCCAAGGUCACCGUCCUUAGGGAGACUAACAAGAUAAUAAAAACUUAAGUGUUUUUGUGUGUUUGCAGAGCUAACUCAAGUAAAAUAAAAUAACUAAGAAAACAGCCCAGGAUUUUAACACUGACUCCCAAAUGACGCCUGUCCUUUAUGGUCCGUUUAAGGAGCAGCAUUAGGAGUUUUGACCGUGACCUUGACUUUGACUUUGUAGCAGAGAGUGAAACCUUUAGAAAAAACGUGAUUUUUAUCACAAGAGAAACUGGACCUAAUACUUUUUGUGCCUUAAGAGCUUAUGCCUUUCAGCUGUUUCUCUGUCAGACUGUGUUAUUUGUGUUUGAACAGAUUUUUCAGUCACAGUCGUCAAUGGGAAAUUCACCUGGGCCAAGGAAGAUCCUCCAGUUCUGCACAAGUAUGUCAAUAAAAGCUGCAGACUGUUUGUCUUCACUUCCCACAUGUUUGUCAUGUUACACCUGUGGCUUGUCUUUGACACGUGGAUACUGAUUUUGUUUUUGUAGUAUUAAUGUCAUGGUGCCCCAGGGCUCCCUGCUGGCUGUGGUGGGUCAUGUUGGCUGUGGGAAGUCCUCUCUCAUCUCUGCGCUGCUUGGUGAGAUGGAGAAAUUGGAAGGAGAGGUUUCCAUCCGGGUAGGUUCCCAUGCUCUGAAUAAUUGUCCAGUUGUUGGUUUCAUAAUUUAGCCAACACCAAACAGUCUGCAGACAUAGUAAGAAUUUAGCUUUCAUUGAGUCAUUAGUAACUAAAAUAAGAGCUGAAUACAAAAGAGGGCAGCUGUAUGUGAACAAUGAUACCAUUUUAUUAGACCCAGGGCCAUUAUUGAUUCUUCUUAUUGAUCUUAUCCUUCAAAUUUCCCAUAUCAAUUCCCAUGCAUCUCGUAUUUGGAAUAAAACUAGGCCUUUCCAGGUUUUCUUUGUCAACAUCACAAAUCUUCUCAAAAAUGAUACUGCCAUUACUGCUCUUCUGAAACAGGGAAGCCUAGUUUGUGAUUGGACCUAAACAGGUUAUUUGCUGCUGAUUAGCUGACAGAGUUAAACAAAGAUGGCGGCCUGUAACUUUUGUCAUCAGUUAACAUAACAAAGUGACACUAUUUCACUAAGACUGAUGCAUAAAUCAUCACAGAUGACCUGAGUUUUGAAGUGACUGGAUCUGGACAGUCUCUGAAAGUCCACUGGUUUUCUCUGUGGAAUUUAAAAGCACCUGGAUGAUAAAAACAGAGAAAGCUGCUGGUCUCACAAAGCACGUAGAUUUUAUAGUCAACAGUUUGUGGUAGUGAUCAUUCCUCCAGUUCCUUCUCUGCCUCUCCUGACGUGUUUUUGUCAGCAGUUAUUUGUCAGGCAUGGAGAAGGGAACCUUUGAACACAAAAAAUAGCAAACCCUCUGGAACCAGUUCUCCAUUCCCAUCCCUGAUAUAGACAUGUGCACUUUGAUAAUUGUAUAGGUGAUUUGAAGCUUCUCAGUAUUUUGAUGUUAACAAAAUGUAAAACUCUGGUUUUGUGUUUCUCUGUCUGCACAUGCACUGUCAGCAUGUACACAUGUCAUCACAAAACUAUGACAACUCACAGGAAAGUGUUUCAAAUAAAGUGCUGUCAGACACAGUUGCUCAGUGUAAUAAUGCAGUAAAUUGGCUCACUGUUGCUUAGCUUGUGCAAUGUAAACAGCACCAGCAUCCCUCUGUCACAGAAAGCACCUUUGACUGAUCUCUCUGAAUGUGCAGACCGUGGACACUCUCUGAUCCGUCACAAUAAACAUCAUCAUCAUGCACUCUCCUUUAAACAAUGUAAUUAACGUGAUCUGAUCAAAUAUGGGAAAGGUCUGAGACACUUGGAUGAUAACUGUAGGAUCUGUCUUUAGAGGUUUUUAAAGAGACACGUGUUGUCCUCUCUUCUCAGGGAUCAGUGGCGUACGUACCUCAGCAGGCCUGGAUACAGAACGCCACCCUGCGGGACAACAUCCUGUUCGGGAGACCCUUCAAUGAGCAGAAGUACUGCUGUGUCAUGAACGCCUGUGCCUUAACUCCUGACCUGGAAGUGCUGCCCGGAGGAGACAUGACAGAGAUAGGAGAGAAGGUUUCUUUAGUUUUCCUUCCUUAGCUUUGGUUCCUGUUUCCAUUUAGCAGUUCUUCUUAUUGUUCAUCUAUCUCCAGACUUUUGAAUUUUCAUUUCCAAGACAUUUUCUCUUAAAUUGAUCAAGUUUGAUCUGAUAUGCAGCUUUCAAGAAAUUUGAAACUGACACAGACAUCACAUCCUGCAGGGCAUCAACCUCUCAGGUGGGCAACGACAGAGGGUGAGUCUGGCUCGAGCUCUGUACAGCGACGCUGAUGUUUACCUGCUGGAUGACCCACUGUCUGCUGUGGACGCCCACGUAGCCAAACACAUAUUUGACAACCUCAUUGGCCCAGAGGGUGUGCUGAAGGGCAAGGUGAGGAGUGCCAGUUUCUGUGUUUGAUUCUGUUUUUGAUUAAGAAGGUGAAAACACAAUGAUCAUGCAACUCCAUCCAGAUGUUCUGUACAGAUACAACAACUUCAGAUUCAUAGUGAACUACAUCACAGACCACCUUUGUGUAGCUGACUGUCAGCAUCUUCCCUUUCUGCUGCUCAGAGCUGCUCUGUGAGCUCUAAUCCUGACAGUAGUAAUUUUAAUUGACUGAUAAGUGGGUAAAAGCAUCUUUUUUUGGUGUGUAAUGGCUCAGGAUCAUAGACUGUAUAUACUAUGGACAACUUGGUUCCGCCUACCGCCUGUACACGGAUUUGAAGCCAAAUAGCUCUCAAUAUUUCUGCAUGUCAACAUCACAAGCAGGGGGAGAAAAAUUAAGAUUCUGUGUAAUACAUUUCUAAAGUUUGUCCACAGCCCCAUAAGCUUUGCUGGCAGAGGCGGGAUUUAUGACCUAUACUGCAGCCCGUCAACAGAGGGUGCUGUUCUCGGAGUCGCUUUACCCAGCGAGGAGGCAGACUAUUGCUGCGUCCGAAUUGCCCGCUCGCAUACUACAUGCUACUGCUACAUACUACUGCUAGAUCCUACUCCUACAUACUAAACACGUUAGCCCAAUUCGGACACACUAGACGAGCGGUGGGGAAAGACGACCCCCGCAAGCAGUGAGUAGGUACUGCGCCCGUGCAGACAGUUUUAGACUCUUUGAAUAGUAAUUGUGCAAGUGAUGGAUGCUGCUGUAUUAUAUUCCUGCACUGCUUUAGAAAUUCACAAAGUAGCUUUUCCAUUACUUUCAGCCUUCAUUCACUCACGUGGUGAUCGUUUGUUCAAUGAGAUCUGCCUGAUUACUGCAGCUGUGCAGUUUAAUGAGAUGGAAUAAGUGAGCUUUACCUCCAUGAUGUCGCCACAUAUUUGCUCAUAAAAUGAUUACUUGGGCAAAUAUGACACCAUGACAUGACAAAGAGAUACAACCGCACAUUUUUAAGGACAGUGUGUGAAGUUACAUGAAACUUACAUCUGUACUGCUGCGGUCCUGCCUGCUGCUGCUGCUCCGCCAUGGUGCGCGCUGCUUUGCCCAGCUGGCGUUCGUGACGCAUCUAAAUAGGCAGCAGCUGGUGGCGCUAGCAUCACAUGCGCUUCUACAACUUUUAAGAGGACGAAGAAGAAGCCCGUGGUGAAUUUUGGGUCAGUAGCAUGUCCGUAGGAUGCACCGCGACCAUACUACAAUGUGGGCGUGUCUAGUAUCUGAAGUAGUAUCUGAAGUAGCAUGCUACUCGCUCCGGUGGCCAAUUCGGACAUGCUACAUACUACUUCGACUACUACUCGGCAAUUCGGAAGCAGCACUUGUCCAUUCUUUAUACAGUCUAUGCUCAGGAUACAGCAAAAACAACUGCUGUAGCUCUAUGGUGGCCUUCUGGGGACAUAUGGUUGUAAAGAAAUAAAUCAUUCCAAACAUGGGAAAGUCUGUUACAGCACAGCCUGUUUGUGGAGGGUUGAUUUAUGACAAAAGAAUAAAGCUAUGUCAGCAUAGUAUUUGUUUGUUUCCACAUUUAUGACCGCAGCUUCUGAUGAGAGCGGGUUUUGUUCCUGGUCCCUGGUUAGACAUUUACAGUGCAACUAGCAGAAUAGUCUCAGUUUCUCUCACAAACUUUUCAGAGUCCUGGUACUUAUGACAGUGAGGUCAACAUGAGGUGAAGAAAGUCAGGGAAAACUUUUGGUCUGAUCUGUUAACAUGAACGCUGAAAUGAACACUCAGCCUUUUCACAGCUGCAUCAGUUUCACCUCUAACGGGCUUCUAAUUAAAAGCUUGUGGUCUACUAUAUGCAGUUGUACAAACAUUGUAUUUCUCUUAACUGGCAUUUGGAUCCAUAUUUAUUGAUGUCUAACAGUAGCUUGACUGGCUGGACCCCCGAUGCAAUGCCACAUUUGUUUUUUUUAAAGGGGCAAAAUAGACUUCAGAUAUUAUUGAAGGGCUUAAUCCAUAAGUUUUGUUGAAUCCAAACUUUCAAAAUCAUUUCCCACAUGUUGAUUCACUGAGGUGCGUUAUAACCCCAAAUCUCUACUUAGCAUGUCACUGAGGUUGGUCUUGUAAUAAAGGGUGUUAUCAUAUGUUUGACUGCACGUCUCUUCUGCAUGUGGCUCAUUAAAUAACACUCUUCUCCUGCUUGACUACAGACACGUAUCCUGGUGACACACGGCAUCAGCUUCCUGCCUCAGGUGGACAACAUCAUGGUGAUGGUGGACGGCAGGGUGUCAGAGAUGGGCUCCUACCAGGAGCUACUGAAGCAGAAUGGAGCCUUCGCAGAGUUUCUCAGGAACUACGCUCUGGAAGAUGUCAUAGAGGAAGAUGAGGCCACUGGUACAAUAAUACUGUCUUUACUCUGAUAAACCAGCAUUUAAUAUGUGGUUACAGAGGAAAGAUGAGUCCAAUGUGCUGUUUUACAGAGGAUUUACUGGAAGAUGAAGAGUUGUUUCCUGAGGACGCUCUGAGCAACCACACAGACAUGGUGGACAACGAGCCGGUGAUAAAUGAAGCAAAGAGAAAGUUCAUCAGGUAAAAAAAUAAAUAAAGAGAACUAAAGACAGAAAUGAGGUCAGGAGGGCUUUUUCCCUGAACUGCUAACAACUUGUUUUGAAGAUCCUACACUUCCAUACAAAAGGUUAUUCUGGCUGACUGUAUUCACCGCCUGAAAACAGAGCACAAGCUGCUGCCCUCUUGUGGCAGAAACACUCUGCUUAGGUACAUGAAAAAAUAGUUCAAGAAGUCAUUUAUUUAAGAGUCGUGUGACUCUUUAUUCUUCCAUAAAGAAAGUAUUUCAGAGUCCACUGGGUUUCAUUCAUGAAACAUGGGUUCAUCUGUGUUUAGAUUUGCACAUAAAAGUCCUUUUUUUACUAAAUUCUAGGACCAGAAUAGAACAGAGCCAGACAUGUGAUACUGGUAAGAUCAGACCCAAAAGAAAAGGAGUAGCUGGGGUGGAGGAGGAAGUGGCCAGAAUUGGAUGAAAGGGAGGUUACCAGCUGAGCUAUCAGCUGAUAUGGGCCGAGCUUGACUUUGUGUCCUGCCUGAACCGCCGCCAUGCUCAAUAUUUGGCCCAGGAAAAUAUUGCCGCCAGGGUUUUCUGGAUUUCUUUCCAGCAGUUAAGAAAGGACAGUGAUGAUGUUGGCCUUGUAGGAGCCACUGCUGAUGUGAUGGUGAACCUGAAAAAUCACAGUGAAUGUUGAGAUCGUUUUUUUUCUUCCUUUACAGGCAGAUCAGUGUCAUCUCGGCUGAUGGGGAGAACCCCAGGUGCCGCUCGGUGAGGAGGCAGCCCUGCAACCAGAGGAAACAGUGUGAGCUACAAGAAAAGAGGAAACCACAUGAUGGGGAGAAGCUCAUCCAGGCUGAGACGACAGAAACGGGCAGGGUCAGUCCAUCAGAUCUUUACGGGGGUGCUGUGGCUCAGUGGUAGAGUCAGUCGUCUCUCACUUGGAGGGUUGGCAAUUAAAUCUCAGCUCCUUCAGUCACACACUACAGUGUCUGUGCUAACACAUUGUGAAUGCAUUUGAAGGGGAGGAGUUGAUACUGAUGGUUCCCUACUAUAGCAGUCUCUGCCAUCAGUGUAUGGACAGUGCUUAAGUCCAUUGUGAGUCUUACUAGCAUCUUGAUGUAAGAAUCAAAGGAUAUUGGUUGCAGUGAUGACUCUAAUAUGGUUUCAAGCUGACCCUUGUCCACUGUUGUGUUGAUCAGCCAGCAAGCUCCAGCCCUCCAUCAGCUAUCACUGAUGAAAGUGUGUAUUUGUAGAGUCUAGUUGUGUCCACUGCAGACUUCAGUGCAAUGUUGAUUUUUGGCAGCUUAGUUAUUGAUCAAAUAAAACGUUGUUUUUUAUCUGUGUCACAGGCUUUGUAACUGAAGUUCUGUCACUUGUCUCCAGGUGAAAUCAAAGGUGUACCUGGAGUACGCAAAGGCUGUGGGACCUCUGCUGUCAGUUUUCAUCUGUUUCCUGUACUGCUGUCAGAGCGCAGCGGCCAUUGGAGCAAACGUCUGGCUCAGCCAGUGGACCAACGAUGCCUCCAGAAAUCAGACUCAGGAGAAUGUUAAUAUGAGGGUGGGGGUGUACGCAGCGCUGGGCAUUGCACAAGGUAAGAAGAUGAACACAAUAUGCUCUAAAUGAAGUGUUUAAUAGAUUCAAACUUUAACACCAGACACUUUUAGGCAUGUGUUGUUUUAAAACUGAUAUACUGGAAGUUCUCUAUUCAAAGAGACUGUGUUUAAUGUGCUGCCACAUCAUGGUGCUGAGACUCAACAGCUGUUUUAACCUCAUGGAUCGAAAAGCCGGUUCUGCCCGCACAGUUUUAUGUUGCCUUUGUUUUUAUUUGUUUAGCUGGGUUUGUUUGCUGCGUAGAAAGUUUGAAGGUUUUCUUUUUCACAACUUACUCUACAAACAUGGCUCUGAAACACAAACACACAAGACCACAUCAUGAUUACUUUUUGGGCCUUUGAAUGCUCUGAGAUUGUGGAUGUGUAACAUGUUUGACUUCAGAUUUCUUUUUAGUGUGAUCUUUGACUUCUUUACCUUCAGGGUAGACACUAUCCAUGUCUACCAAUAAUUUCAUCACCUUUCAUUUCACAUUAAAACUCCCUCUCUUUAUAUUUCCCCUCCACUCCACCUCUUUUGGUCCCUCCUAGGUAUCCUGGUCAUGAUCUCUUCCUUCACACUAGCCAUGGGGAACAUCGGUGCAGCCAAGAAGCUGCAUUUUAAUCUGCUCGACAACAAAUUACACACACCUCAGUCUUUCUUUGACACCACGCCAAUAGGACGCGUCAUCAACCGUUUCUCCAAGGACAUCUACGUCAUAGACGAGGCUCUUCCAGCAACCGUGCUCAUGUUACUGGGCACGGUCUUCGUCUCUCUCUCCACCAUGAUAGUCAUUGUUUCCAGCACACCUAUCUUUGCUGUUGUCAUAGCUCCCCUGGCUUUCAUAUACGUCUUUGUCCAGGUACUCAUGGCCCUGAUGACGCUCUCUGUCCCUUUUCUUUACCAGUCUCUUUCUCUUCCUGGAAUGGCGUUCAUCAUGCAUGUUGGCGAAGCAGCUUUUAACCCCCCAGUUUUGCUUUUGUUUCUCCAUAGCCUGCGAUGUUGUCAGCGAUGAGCCUGUGCAGCCUGCAGUGAUUUUCUCCUUUUCAAUCAGGAAUUCACUUUCCUUUCUCUCCGCAGAAAACACUGUUCUUGCCCUGCCUGCAGCCUGCUUCCACACCCUUACACACACAUAAAGACACACACAAAGACACACACACACACACAUACACACAUAUAAAGGAAGUGCACACUAAUGAGUGACACAGCCAGCCCCAACAUCUUACUGAAACUGAGUUAACAUUAUCUGAGAGCAAAGUCAGCUACAAAAAGUGAUUCUUUCAGUCUUCAGUGAGUUAUAUCUCCCUCUAGUGGAGGAUGGAGGUUAAAACAACAGGAUAAGAGUGCCAGCUUCUUUAUCAGGUUUAAUACUACUACUACUACUACUACUACAGGAAAUGUAUACAGCAUGUUCUCGGGCUCAGUUUGUAUACAGUAUAUUUGUCAUCUCUGAUGUUUGCAUAUGUGUAACAGUGUAGAAUCAGACAAAGGAUGCUCUCAGUUCAUCCUCCUUGUAGUUGUCAGCCAUGAUGUGACAACUCCACAUUAAAAACAGUCAACAGUUUCAGCUUUUUUUUGGUAGGAGAUUGUAUGAGGUAUUUUUGCAUUAGCUAUGAAGUAUGACAUCAUUUUAUUUAGAUGCCAGCUUGAGAAUGUAAAUAGGAACUAGGUUAUCAGCCACUGCAGAUGGGCCAAACUCUACCAUGAAAUUCAGCUCAUUUUAACAAAAUCCCACCUCAAGAACGAGCCAAUCUAGACAAAAGACAGGAGGAAAACCUGGGCACUGGUCCUCUGAAGAAACGUUAACAUGCCAAUAUAAGCUUUGAGUAGUAGAGGAUUUAAAACUGUAUCUUUGGUGCGUUUUGGCAUCAGGACCUCUUUAGGAAGCUCUGGUUGAACUCCUGAUUGAAUGAUCAAUUGCUCCAUCUUCAGUUUGGAUGUACCUCCUUACAUCUGAGAUCUUUUAGAACAUAAAGGACGUGUACAUGUAGACAACUGGUUUAUAACACCCAACAAUACCACAUGUUCGCUCGUGUUUUGAUUCUGUAUUUUACAUGUCCAGAGAGGAAGGCAUAUUUUGUCUUUGUCUGUGUCGUAUGUCCUUUGAAAUGGAAGGAUAAACUCCUCUGACACACAAAGAUGAGAUCUGUGUGUUUUCAACAGUGUAAUUGUCACAGCCUUCAUGCUUCUGUGUGUAUUUUGCAAUGAAUGUUUCAUAAUACAUCCCCUAGAAGUUGCUGCUCAGAGUCAGCAGUUUCCCCCAGAUAAGAAUAAGAGAAGUUUUUGACAGCAACAAACAUAGCAGCAGCAGCAGCAGCAGAGGAGAUAUUCAAAAUGCAUCUGUUCAAAAAGGGUCAAAUCAGAGGCAGAGUUGUAGAAGGUGGUGGUUUCUGAGGCCAUCAAAUACUCCACAACAUGUUGACAGACUGAAUCUGCAAUCUUGCAUUAAACAUUCAGAAAUACAAAUGCAGAGCACUGUGUUCAUAGUGGAGUAUAGAUGAACUCGGAGAGAGCAGCUGGAGGCCUUUUAGUUCAGCUAAAGCAGCUAGCUUUUAGCCUACAGCUUAGUUUCAGCUGCCAGAUGCUGCUUGUGGUACUGAUCAUGUUCUGAGGCGAACAUGCUACACUGUAGUCUGAGUCAACAGGCCAGCAGCAGCUUGGAUUAGCCCCACCCACCUGUGUCCAAGUCACAGUUCUUGCUCAGUGUAUAAAGGACACCUUGUUAAACUGGUGUUCAUUAAGGGAGCAAUAUUUAUUUAUCUAGAGACAAGGUCCAAACAUUUGGAACCGAUGUACACAGACAGUGAGAAAGAGUUUUUAAAACUCUGACUCAAAACUUAGUGUGCCUUUAGAGAGCUUUUCAUCAAAAAUGAAGCUUUCAACAUCACAUACAUGAGUUCACAGAUAACCAGUUACACUUAAAGGCACAGCGUCUCAGGACGUUUAGUCAGUCAGAUAGUGUUGUUGGUGGGACUUCAGGUGAAGCAAAGUGGAAAGUAAAAACAGACCCAAAUAGCAUAUUUUUUAUUCACUUAAUGUGAUCAGCCAGCUGUAAAACACUGAGGCAGAGAUUGACUAAGUGCAAACUAUCAGCUCUGAAGAUCAGCCAGGUCCUAUAAUGAGUCAAAGGGUUCAUUAAAUCCUAAUCACAGUGUCUGAAAUAUACUGUUUUAUCUGCUUUUUCACUUGUUUAAAGUUGGACACAGCGUGUGGGUGUUACUUUUUACACAGCUGUGUCGUCAUGAGAAAAACUCUAAAGUUAUGACUUUAUAGAAAAUGUCUGAGGUUAUUUUUAGCACCCAUUUACCUAGCAUACACCCCCUACUGUUACAAUGGCUGCUGUCACAGUAUUGUGGUUCUGAGCCUGUAUCGAAGGUUUGUAUAGAUGGAAGCCUUAGGUUUCAGCUACAUUUAAAAUGCUGAUUCAGCUGGAUGUGAGGGAAACUGUUAGCAUGGGCAGAUUUCUGCCACUUAAAACAAAAGUUUCUUGAUAAUGUCCAUAAGCUUGAGCAGAAGGAACCUCUAUAGCAUGAAACACACAAACAUAAGCACACACAACUUAACUGCCUUGUUUCUGGUCUCAGUAGUAGGACCUGGUUUUGUGAAAUCUGUAUCUACAGCUGACUCUGCCGUUUCAGUAGUCUUCAGAAAUGGCUCACCAGUUUACCGCAGGUGUUGUUGAUCCCUACCUUCAUUCAUCUUCUCACAGGUGUGCUGUUGUUGGUUAACUGCCUGUUGUGCCGGGGCUACAGUAUGCUGCAGGCAGCCAAGCUCAUGCACCGCAACAUGCUUCAGGGGGUCCUGCGAGCUCCGCAGACCUUCUUCGAGAGCACCCCCACUGGGCGGCUACUAAACCGCUUCAGCAAAGACGUGGAUGCUAUAGACUCCCACAUCCCAGACAAUAUUGACAUAUGGAUGCGCACUUUCUGGUACACACUGAAUGUGCUGCUCAUAUGCUCUGCCCUCACCCCAAUGUUCCUCAUAGUCAUAGCCCCAUUAAUGGUGUUCUAUUGGUGGGUUCAGGUAAAUAGGAAACAAGUCUGCUAACUCAUUAAUACAACAUGCAUGUCUGGAGUGUGGAGUGUGUGUGCUGGUAGACUGUUGCAUGUGGUUGGAGUGGAGAUCACUGCCGCUCUAGUGCUGUAGGUGCAGUGUAUUUUGGUCUGUGCUGGUCUGUAGUCAUAGACGGCUGUAGAGGUCCAGUGGUUGGUCCAUAGUUUCAGAAUUGAAGCUCUAGUCAGCAGUGCCACAUGUAGGGCAGUAACACCAAUCAUCUUUUGAGAUCACAAUCCCAAUCAGAGAUCGACUCGAGUCGCAUUUGAAACAGCCUUUUUUUUGGGGGGGGGAUGCAUGAUAUCAGCAUAAUAUGGGUAUCUGUUCAUCAUAGGUAUUGCAGCUAUGAACAUUUCUAUCUGUAUGGCUCAUAAAGAAAUGGAAUAACUAUGAGAUUAUGGGAUGGCAGUUUAUGUGCACCAACUGCAAGCUGACACAUAUCAGCAGUAUCAGAGUAUUUUGAAGUGUCAUAAACAGACAGCAGAAACGUUACUGAAUAUCUGUAUUAGAGGGACAUAUUAGUGCAGGAGAGCCUACACAAAAGAAUAAAGUUAAUACAUAGAAAUUAUUGGCAUAUCACAUAUCCUGCAAAAUCCAAUAUCAUGCAUCCCUCUUUAAUUUUCGUGACAUGACACUGAUCUUUGAAGGCAGGGCAGCACUGCAGGCAGAAUUCAUCCCACUAGUCACUCUACUGUUUUAAUACUCAGAGGCUGUUUAUGGUCCAUGUAGUCUUCCUCCUCCAAGGAUCCUUUCUGAUUUGCAAAGAUCCACAGUACUGAUAAAAACCUCUGAAUCUUCCUGCAGCUGGUAACCUUGGUUAAUUGUGCCACAGGAGCUGCUCUGCCUCACAGCAAAUGUUAAUGAAUGUGAUUGCAGCAUUCACCAUUGCAACACUGAUUUCCCUAAGCAAUAUCAUUCCUGUGAAAAAUUACAAACUAUCCAACCAAAUUUUUUUUUACAAGACAAUGAGGAUUUGAUGCUGACUAGCUGUAAGACCAGUGUGUUGGGGUUUUCUUUGACUUCUCCUUAUGUUAUGUUUAGUUAAAGAACUUCGGUGACAGUAGUUGGUCAUCUUCAACCCAUUCAAAAGCUGGGCUGUGAGAAAAUGACACAAUGUGAUGAUUUGCAAAUCACUGAAAUUCCACAUUUAAUUUAAAGCAGAGAAACAAAAUGUCAGAUGCUGAAAAUCUUUGAAUCAAGUUGAAUGCCAGUGUAGAAAAUAACACUGCUUUGCUGCGGUACCUGUGAAGAUGUGGAGAAAAGCAGCCCUCCUUUUUUUGCAAAGCAAAUGUUUUUAUUGUUGCAUGGCUUUGAUUUCAGCUGCUCCUUUGUGGUUUUGUAAGUUUCAUAAUGUACUAAAUGCGGUCAGUGGGGGACAAGUCAGGAUUGCAGACAGGCCAGUUAAGCACCCGGACUCUUAUAGUACUGAGCCAUGCUGUUGCAUUUAAUACAGACCAUGUCCUGACAUUGUCUUGCUGAAAUAUCAAAAAUGUUGUUUACUUGGCAGCAGAUGCCAAGAGCAGAGUUAUUAAAACAAGCAAGAUUAUUUAUUGUUUUAUCAGAAGCAGCAUCCAUGAUCCCAAAGAGGACUUAAACUUCUGAUUCAUCAGACCCUCAGGUUAAAUGAAUCCCACCUACGUCCAUCUUUGGUCAGCUCAGGUGUAGAGAGCGUACCAGCAUUUCUGAAUCAUGAUUCUAUCUGGCGUCCUUUUUGCAUGGUACAGCUGUAACUUGCAUUUGCAGAUGCAGAUGUAAACUGUGUUGACAGAGUUUUAUUUGUAAGUGUUUCUUAGCUUAUGCAGUGAUGCCCACUACAGAGUCAUGUCUGUUUCUAAGGCAGCAGCAUCUAAAGGCCUGAAGAUCACAACCCUCUAAUAUUUCAUUCAGUUUUGGCUUGUCCCUUGCAAAGGACAUCUUAUCUUCAAGAAUAAUGACAUUACCAAAUUUGAACAUUUGACAUUUUGUGCUUGUGCUAUUUUCAACUGAAAAUGGAGUUUCAGUGUUUGGCAAAAACAUAUGCUUCUAUAUACUUUCACUUUUAUUUCUGGAAAAAGGGUUGCAGGUGUUAUUUCUGUUAGGUAUUUAGACUACUACUUUAUAUUCAGAUUUUAGUAAACACCAUGGCCCUCAUUAACCAAGCUUGCGUACGGCAGAAAACUUACGUACACCUUGCGUACAACAAUUUUGACUUUAGGAUCGGCAUUUAUCAAUCUGCACGUGAGCGUACGCUACAACCAAAUCUCACGACAGGUCUGACAUUGUGUACGCAAGUUUGAGUCAGUGUGGAUCUGUGGUGCAGCAAAUGUCUGUCUCAAAAUAAUUGAUAAACAAACCUCAAAGCUGUCAUUAAGCACAAUCGGCCAAAUUUCAUUAAAGAUUAAGACGUAAAUAAAAUAAAAUAAAAUAAAAUAAAUUUGUUAUGUCCUUAGUGAAUGGGCCUAUUCGAUAACUGCCCAGAAACACUGCCACAGAGCAGGAGCGCUGUUUUAACAUUGCACACACACACGCACACGCGCCACUGUGGAGCGCUGCGUGUGCCUCCUAAAAGGCAGGUGACUCUGUCUUGGCCCAGCAGUGGGGAUGUUGUUGUACACUCCUGAAAGGGUGUGGGACAUCAUUUGGGCUAGUACAGUUUUGCACAAUGUUGCACUGGUGAAUGGAGUGUUAUUGGCUGUGCCAGCUCUGUACAGAGGAGACAGGACCUUAUCGAUGGAUUCUGAUGUAAAGUAUAAGUUUAGAAAGUGCUCUUGCUAUUUAAUCAGUGAUAAAAAUCCAAUGGAAAUCCAUAAAAAUGUGCCUCAGGGGCAGCAACACACCGUUUGGUGACAUUGAUAAUUAUUUUUGUUCAGCCUCUGUCAGACUCUCCAGUCUGCUCUACUUUACAAAGACGCAACAAAUUAAAAUUAAAUACUUUCAUUAAUAGGUGCAACGUACCCUAUGUCAUGGCAAUAAACAAAUACGAGGCAUGUAUGAGAUAUUAAUUUAUCAUCAUGAGCAACUUAUUGACUAAUGAUUGAUUCAAACUUCAGCCAGUGUCCACUAUUGAUAAAUGAGGGCCCAUAUAAUGGUAAAAACACACUCCUUCAGCAGACCUCCAGAUGGCACAGUUAAGCAUAUUACUGCGAUUACAUCUGAUUAAAACUGCUCUCCUCCAAUUUCAGCCUGUUGAGAAGAAUGUAAGCCUGUGAAGAUAAGGAAAAGAAAAACCACCCAGCAAACAACAAAAAACUGAUGAUGACAGAAGUGCUGUUUCACUUUUGACUAUAAAACCCAUAUUAGAAAUGAAGAAGAGUUGUAGGACCUUUGAAACUCAACCCAUACAAGAAAAUAUCAGUCUCAAAACUAGGAAUCCUUUUUUAUUCUUCAGCCUGAAGUUAUUACAGGAGCUCUUUGACCCCUCUGAUCAGAGAUCAUACAUGUGAGAUGUGAGGCUAACCAAGUAAACUUAAGACUACAACACUGGAUCAAACACUCAGCCACUAGAUCCUUUUAUUGUUCAAGUGCCCACAACAAAUGUGACAAACUUAAAACAACACCAGAAAGUCACCCAGAAUAUCACUCUAAAGAUGUUUUACACUGAAUGAUCAGUUUGAUCUGCAGCCUGUGCUCAAAUAUGAGCACUGGAAGAGUUAAAAUCUUUCAGUUUAUAUGACCCAGUAUAUAAACACUUUACUACAAAUGGGCUCUGACUUUAAGCUUUAUUAUGAACUUUAUAUAUUAUCACCAAAAGAAGUCAAACCCUUAAAGCGAUUGUGAUUUAUAUCAUAAUUAUCCCUGCGCAAAAUCAGCAGAGAAAACAACAGCAAGAGGCGAUCCGACUUACAGAGAAAAUAGACUCACCUCUAAGCAUUCAGGCCCAGUUUUGCACCAAAGCUACCCACACUAUCCAACACACGUAUGUUGUGCUCACGACAGCACCGGCAAUUUCACACAGAAGUAUAAACGAGGCUUAUGAAUCUUACUGAGGAGUGUAUUAAAUCUCCUGUGUGGAUCCCCCUGUGGAUAAAGCAGUCUCUGCUUAUCCCGUCCUUUACAUAACUUACCAGUGUCUUCUGACAAAAAAAUCUCCCCCUGCUGACUUCCCACAGUCCAAUUUAUGUGUGGCUGUUUCGUAAGCUGAGUCCUACCCCCUCUCAGAGAUUUGAGGCAUUAAAAACUGUGAUAUUAAAACCUUUAAUCUUGUUGGCUUUUGUAUAUCAGUACAAAUUUAAAGCUCCUCAUAGGAGCUUGAAUUUUUUUUUUGUUUUGGCCAAAUGUCAAACAACCAAAGAGAAGAAAAGAGGCCCCCUUAUUUAUAAUAUGCUUCCAUAAUCAAAGAGGGUUGAAUCAGUAUCAGUAGAAAUGAGCAGUCAGAAAUUGAAAGUCUUUAAAUUGAAUCAAGUUAAUGGGGCAUUAAGUGUCUGUGUGCUCUCCUUCAAUCUUAACACUAACUCAACCUCCUAAUGACUUAAAUCAGCAGUCCUGAUGUGACUCCUGUGUCUUUGUCAUUGCAUGUCUCCAGCAUGGCUUUUGUCUGUCCUGCAUCAUCUGUCUCUAAUCUGUCCUUCAGAGGGGCUCCUCUUUAAUGAAACAUGUUCAAACAAAGUCAACACUCACAGUAUCAGUAUGACAGCACAUGGAGAAACUAAUGUAAACACUAUAAAACUGUUUUAAAGUUCAUUUUUAAUGCAACAAAUAUGUGUGAUGAAACAAAACACCUGCACUUUUACCCCUCAAGUUUUGACCCAGGCUGUUUUUACUGUAAAAAAACAAAGCUUUAUGAAGUGACAAGUGAUUUCUGGCCUUUUUUUUCUGGGCCGGUCCUUUAAUGAACAGCAGUACAUGCAGCCUGCAGUAUCAAACAGCUCUGUGGUUAAUGCAGCAGAGCUGAUUUACAUGCAGACUUUGAACAAACCUCCUCUGAGGAGCUUAUGUAAGAUUAGCUGGCAUCCUAUCAAACCUGCAAAAUUGACUAUCAAAUGAGCACUGCAGGUGUUUUGUUCACACAGGCUUUCUCUGCGUGCUUGUAUAAAUGCGUGUGUGUGUGUGAGUGUGUGUGUGUGGGCUCAUCUGUGUUCAUCAUUAUUGUUUUUUAAAUAUCUGAGUAUCUGCGGUGACCUGUUGAAUUGUAAUGUUGUGUUUGUUUCUCUCCCCCCGACCCUGUAGAGAUUUUAUGUUGCCACGUCUCGGCAGCUAAAGCGUCUGGAGUCAGUCAGCCGCUCUCCCAUAUAUUCCCAUUUCUCUGAGACCGUCACAGGCUCUAGUGUAAUCCGAGCCUAUGGCAGAAACUCUGCCUUUGUUCUGAUGAGUGAUAUGAAAGUGGAUGAGAACCAAAAGAGUUACUACCCUGGUAUAGUGUCCAACAGGUAAGUGUCCUGCUCCAGCACAGAAGAGCAGCAGCUGUGCUGUAGUAUUGACAAAGAGACUUUGUGUGGUCUUUAUCCUCCUGUACUCAGCCACCAGUUUGUCAGCUCAGGCCUUUCUACAGAUAGGGACUGACAUUAUAGGCCCGCUGUAAUAUACCAGGCUUGAUGAUAACUGUUUAUUCGUUUAUCUAACAUCUGUUUAUUUUCACACUGUGAACAGGAACCAGCCCCACAGUAGGGCUGCAGUGACUCAAUAUCUUAGUAGUCAAGUAUUCUGGUAAUUAACUGAAUAAUUGAAUAAGUAAGCAGUUUUUUAUCAAAUGUUUUUGUGCCGUAACAAUGAGAAUUCCCCUGUUGUGGUAAUAAUCAGUGAUUAUCUUAUCCUGUCUGAUUACUAUUCCUAAAAAUAUACUCUAAAUUCAUUGAUUUAACAGAUGCACAUUUACUUAUAUUAAAUUAAUAUAUUAAAAUUACACUGGAAUUAUAAAAACUGCACCCAAAGUGUAACCACACCCUGUGUGCACCUGUUGGCAUUAGCCUCCCCUAAACUGAUGAUAGAUGACAUUUAAAGGAAAUGUUUACUGCCCUGAGAGGUGAAAAGGACUCUGCUGCAUGUGCUGGCAGUGAUGAAGACGUGCAAAUAUUUACAGUAUGACAUGAGCAUUAAAACAAACAAAAUGAGCACAUAUAGUGAAAUGUUUGGACAGCUCCACAUGUCUAGAAACAGAGGUCCUGUUUCCUCUCUUCAUCUUAAAGUAGUAGGUUAGCACUGACGUAGUGUUCCUCAGCAUAGUUCUCUGAAUAAUAACAUAAGUUUUUAUUUUGCAUUAUUGGACUGACAGUGAACGGCGUUUUUUAAACUUACCCUCAAUGUAUGUUUAUCUUUAUUUAAUCCCUAUUUGCACAAAUAGAAGGACUUUAAUUAUGCCUACAUUCCCUGUUUGUUAGAUUCAGUGUCAUUCAGGCUACAUUUGAUGAAUUUUCUGCUGAAGGAUUCUCCUGAUAAUAAUCCUGCAGGUUUUAGUGAUGAUAAUUCCAAAGUUAGUGUUUCUCUGGAUUGAUUUACACUGAUGUUCAGUUUAGUGUUUGGAUGGUAAAAACAGAAAUAAAACAUGGAAACCGUUUUCUUUAUUGUAUGUCUAGAUGAAUAUGGUGUCAUUUGAAUUUAAAUGUAACCAUACGUUAAUAGUUUACUUUGUGUUUGUUAAUGAUGAUGAUUUGCUGAAAGCAGAUUUGUUCAUGUCUGUGAUUGACCAGAUGUAUCUGACCCCACCCUGUACUUGUGAACAAUGACAACUCAGGGUGGACUUGUUAGAUUGAUUACCAGCCUUAUGGGACUGUUAAACUGAAUCUCAGUAGGUUUACUAAACCAGACGAGCAAAAGAUACCUGGGAAAUGUGGAGCUCUGUGAAUUUAACAUCUGUCCACAAUGUGAACUCAGAUUAUAGUUUUGUUUUGUAAAAGUGGUAGAAUUGAUAAAACAGAGAUGAUCUGAUGAUUUGAGGAUGUAAAACUCUGACUUGCUGUGAUGUUUACUUAAUGAAGCUUCUGAUGUGAAGUUGAAGUCCUCUCAGACUGGUUGCUGAAUACAGGAGGAGAAAGUCAAAAAUGAAGUUAAAAUCAGAAGUAAAGCACCGCUGUGGUCAUAGACAUUUCAGUCAGCCACCAAAGCACAGCUGUGACUGUGUACACCAUAUCUGAAACAGUCAUUUAUUCACUGUCUAUUUCUGGCCUUUCUGACACAUUUAUACAAGAAUCAUUCAUUCAUCAGUUCCAGAUAAAGUCUGAUCUCCUCUGACUGUAACGCUCUGCCUUUCAGGUGGCUGGGUGUGCGUAUUGAAUUCAUUGGGAACUGCAUUGUGUUGUUUGCUGCUCUGUUUGCUGUGACUGGAAAGGAGAGUCUGAAUCCUGGCCUUGUGGGUCUGUCGGUGUCCUACGCUCUACAGGUACAAUUAACCACUGUCAUAUAACUACAAUAUAACAUAAAUGUUCACUUGGCCAAGGUAUAGUGGAUGAAAACUUAACAUUUCGUUUUGGCAAGCAAUCUUUGUGAGGUGACCACCUGGAUUAUCAGUUGUGCACAGUUCCGUCCCUGCAAAAGUCCCUGUAACAUGGGUAACUAAACACCUGUGAAGGCUCUGUUUAUGCUGAACAAUAUCUACAGGUUUAGGAGCAGCAUCUGCUGCCAUCUACACAGAGACUUUUUUCAGGGAAGAUUCAUAUUUCAGCAAGACAAUGACAAACUACAUUCUGACAACAGGGAUUACAACAGCAUGGCUCUGUAGGAGAAGAGUCCUGCUGAGAAACUGGACUGAUGAGGUCCUGACUUGUCCCCCAUUGAAAACAUUUGAUGAUUAUAAAAAACAACAACAACAAAAAAAAAGAUGUUGGGCAGCUAAAAUCUUUAAUACGGCAAGAAUGAGACACUUGACUUUCAGAACUGCAGAAACUGCUUUUCUAGGUUCCCAGUCAUUCACACAGACUUGUUAAAAGAGGACACAAUGGUAACCUGGUAUGUGCUGCAGGCAAUGCAUCAGGCAAUGCAAUGAUUGAAAAUGGGCCUUUACUUGAUAUGUUGACUUGACAGUUUUUUCUAUUAAACUCAAGGUUUGAAUCACUUAAAAUUCAUUACUUUCUGUUUUUUAACAUUUUGCAAAGCCAUUCUGACCAUUAGCCUGUUAGCUUAAACUAGUUUAUGGUUAUGGUUUAUUAUUUGAAUAUACACUCUGGUGUUUUCACUUACUUUUGACUAAACAUGAACUCCUCUGGAAACCUUUUCAUGCAUGUUUUUGUAUUUGUAGGUGACCAUGUCUCUGAACUGGAUGGUGCGAAUGUGUUCAGACCUGGAAAACAACAUCGUAGCAGUGGAGAGAGUGAAGGAGUACUCUGAGACCAAGACGGAGGUAUCUAGAGCUUUGUGUGUUUGAACAUCAUAGGUGUCUUUAGAUAUUUCAUGAAACCUGAAGUGAGGCUGUGCAUGUGUUUGUAUUCAAAAGUAAAAAAGUUUUGGCUCUCUGCUGCUGCAAUUAAAAGAUACGAAUUUACCCACAUGCCUUCAGACUGUGCUGCUGCCAAGACAUGUUCUCAAACAACACAGGACCUAUAAACCUUAACUAGUUCCAGAAAUGUUGGAUCACCUGGUGCCAGCGAGGGCCCCUCUGUUACAUAAGACAAACAGGGUAUUUGUACUGUACACGGUGUACUUUCUCAGCAAACAGUCACAGCGUGUGUCCCGUGUAAAGCUGGUAGAGCUGUUAGUGAAAGCCUUUGUUUGUAGCGUCCAGGAUGUCCCAGAGGUGAUGUAAAUCUUUGGCAGUUCUGGGUAACUUUGCUCACACAGAGGUCCAACUCUGAGAGCUUUUAUAAAGAAAUCAGUUCAGCUUGGAGCCAGGCAGGCUAAUGAGUUGUUCAGAAAGUUCUCCUGGUCAGAAGUGCUUUGCUUGGUUUCACAGGCCCCCUGGGACGUGGAUGACAAGAAGCCUCCUCCUGAAUGGCCAAUAAAGGGGAAUGUGGACUUCCACAGCUACAGCGUUCGAUACAGAGAGGGACUGGACCUGGUCCUGAAGGAGCUCACACUGAGCGUCAAAGGAGGGGAGAAGGUGAGGACGAGAGAGAGUGUGCAGAAUCAAUCAACACAAAGUCAACAGGGUGGCUUCUGUAAUCCUUGUUUCUCUGCAGAUUGGUAUCGUGGGUCGCACAGGAGCAGGAAAGUCCUCCAUGACGCUCUGCCUCUUUCGAAUACUUGAAGCUGCUGCUGGAGAGAUCACCAUCGAUGAGGUGAAGAUAGCUGAGAUAGGUCUGCAUGACCUGAGGUCCAAGCUCACCAUCAUCCCACAGGUACACAACACAUCCACACAAGACAGGUGGGAGGUGAAUGUUUAUGAGUGGCCAGCAGCAGUGUGAUGUCCCCUCUUUCGUCUGUUAAAAAAGCUUGUACCACGUUUCUUUUCAAAUAGUGGUGAUCGUCCUCUCUCUGAGAUAAUACCACAUGAAGAAUAAAUGUGGUCUUUGCACCAAAAUCAUAACAGAUUCAUUUUUCAGUUAAAACAAAAAAAGUCAAUAUCUUUAACAAGCAGCUUCUUAUGAAAAUCUUCAUUGUGCUUAAAAAAACAUCUGGGCAUAAAAACAGCUGGACCAGCAUACAAGCUAGGCUACAGGUUCCUGCAUCCAGGACCAGCUCUGCCAUGUAAUUCGGCUCAUUUUGAAAGACUCAGGUAAACAGAUCCUGUGGUCCAUGGGUUAUGUCAUUAUGCUGGAAAAACACUGAGAGCUGAACUCUGACUCUGAAGACGCUCUAACAUUUAGUUAUUUUCUGAUUGAACUCCUGAAUGUUGAAGAAAGUGGGAAACAGACAGCAUUCAGUCUUCAGUACAGCAGAAGACUCUGGUUGGUGAUGGUCUCAGACUGCAGCCUUGAGUGAACUGCUGCUAGAUUCGGAUUCUCAAAGAUCCAGAGGUGCUGCUGGUACCAAGUCUUCGUCCUGACAGACAGGAGUUUUUCUCUGUUUGUGGACAUUAGCUCACAGUUUCCACACCUGAACCUUCAGGUCAUCUGAGAUCUCUCCUGCCCUUUGGUUAGCUCAGAAGUUUCUAAGCUAGUGCCUUUGGGUAUCAGACCUCCUGUCCUGUUUCUGCUGACAGUGUUUCAUUAAAGGGGCCGAGCUGCCCAACCUCUGUUUUGGCCGGUACACUUAUUAGUGACAUUUAACGCACGUAUGCAACCUCACUUGGAAAAUGCUGAGCUAUCCCUGUAAGGAGUUUUUCUGCCAGUUAUAAAACAGAUUGAUGGUAUGUUGAAUGUCUUGUCAUGACCUUUGAAAGUAAUAAAGACCAUCAACGAGGAGAUGGAGGAUUUCUAUGUUGUAAUUUCUAACGUCUGAGCAAGCACAAGGAGUCUUUCCUCAAAACACUGUUCAUAUUCUUUCUGCUGCAGGAGCCCGUCCUGUUUUCAGGCUCUCUGAGGAUGAACCUGGACCCUUUUGAGAAGUAUAGCGAUGAGGAGGUGUGGAAAGCUCUUGAACAUUCUCACCUCCACAAGUUUGUGACCAAUCAGCCGGCCAAGCUGGAACUGGAGUGUUCAGAGGGCGGCGAGAACCUCAGGUCUGCUUAGAGGGAAAAAAUGAAAGCAGUUUGUUUCUAUGUAGAAGAAAUCAAGUUUGUCUGUACUGCCAUGUUUGAUGUGCUGAGUGUGAUUUUGAUUCUUCAGUGUGGGCCAGAGACAGCUGGUGUGUUUGGCUCGAGCUCUUUUGAGGAAGACAAGAAUCCUCAUUCUGGAUGAAGCUACAGCUGCUAUUGACCUGGAGACAGAUGAUCUUAUCCAGUCCACUAUCCGGACCCAGUUUGAGGACUGCACUGUCUUUACCAUUGCUCACAGACUCAACACAAUCAUGGAUUACACAAGGUUCAGUAUAAGAUUAUAAACAUUAAUGCUUUCUGGCCUUUUUGUCCGUUAACAACAGGAGAGAGCUCAGAUAGUCUGUCUUUGCCUCUAUUUGUUUAUUUUGUAUUUUUGGAACAAAACACUAAUAACCUAAAACUGGUCAAACACACUCAGAACAGGCAGGGAAUAUUUCAGUCAAACAGCUGUAGACUAUUAAACUGAAUUACACAGCAUUCUUUCUUCACAGGCCUAACACCCCUUGCAUGUCACACUCUAUCAUGAAAUAAGUCUUCAAGUCCAAAAAGCACAUUUAAGCUCUAGAGCGUGAAUGAACAAUGACAUUAUAGCAGCUGUUCACAUGAGAGAGGCGGGUGCACCUCCAGCUGUUAGCCUGGAGCAGGUAAAGGUCUCACAAUGGGAAACAAAAAGGCUGUUGAUAGUGAAAUAUACAAUACUUCAAGCACUUCACAAGCACACCACUGACCACUUCACACCACUGACUUUGGUGGAUGCCGUGUCAGGGAAAUGGAGGCAGAGAAAUGAGCCUUGCAGUCUUACGAGUUUUAUUGAAGAAAGUUUAGAUGGCUGUGUGGACUGUCUCAUUUUUUCAAACACAAGAUUAAUUGUACAGGAUCUAAAAUACUGUAUAUUUUUAUAGUUUUAUCCAAAACAAAUCUUUUCUAUUGUACAAUAUCAUUUAUAACACAUCAGGUCUCCCUUCGACCCUAUCAAUUAAAGAAUGAAGCUUUUCUUCCCUGUUAAAGUAACACACUGGAGGUAGUGAUGGGCACGGCAGUUCUAUUGAGUGUACAAAUGCAAGAUAUUAUUAUUAUUAUUAUUACUGAAUCACUAGAAUCAGUUCACUAAAAAGAUUCGUUCAACGAAUCACCGAAUCAUUCAGUGCUUGGCAGGAGGAGCCUGUGACUCCGACUUCCUGAACUGAUACACAGAUAAACGGUUCAGAAUUCAGUACAAUUCAUAGCUCCUGGGACCGAGAGAUGAGAGUGUUGUGGCUGUGUUGCUUUGACAAACAAGUUUGUAAAAAUGAGCUUGUUUAUAAAUCAUGAUGUUUUCUGUUUUCAUGAUGUGAUCUACCCGGUAAAUUGGGCUCAGUGAGUGAUUCGUUCACUGAACGUUUACCCCACAGUACAAUCAGUGAAGAUUUCACACUGAACAUGCACCGUUCCCUCGCAAAUCACCGCAAUGAUAGGAUCAGACAGUCACGCAUUUCUCAAACUGCAGGUUUUAUACACUACUUGUUACAUACUGUGUCCUACUGUUUACAAGUUGUUGUGGUGGCAAUUUAGCAGUUUAAAAAAAAAAAAAAAACUAGUUUUGCCCGAGGUACACUGGAACACAACACAUCCCUAUCUACCUCUAUCACUCCUGUCAAAAGCUUGCUCCAGCUGAUGAGUCUCACUCUUCUCAUGACUGCUAUUAAAACAACAGGGAACAACAGUUGCCAUAAAAGUGUAUCCCUCAGACAAAAAUGAUUCCAGAGAGUGUAGUUUUAGUUUAGUUUAGUUAGUGAUUUGUUCACCAAGUAAUUCAGGCAACAGAGCGUGCAGUCCCUCGCUCGCUGGCUGCUUGCCUGGCAAUGCUAUGUGCUGUGGCAGCGGCACUGCUGGCAGCUCAACUGAAGUGAGAAACGAAUGUAUCACUUGAGGAAGUGAUUCGGAUCAGCGCGUUCACUUAGAUUCGGUUCUUUUGAACAAAUCGUUCGCAAACGACACAACACUAACUGAAGUGUCUGAAACUCAACAGGCUUUAAAACUGACCCUCUCUCUCUCUGUUCUUGUCUUUCAGAGUGCUGGUGUUGGACAAGGGACAGAUAGCAGAGUUUGAUACUCCAGCAAACCUCAUAGCCCAGAAAGGAAUCUUCUACAGUAUGGCUAAAGAUGCUGGACUGACACAGUAAAUCCGCCUUCUGUCCACGUGUUACAAACCAGCCUGGAGGACCAGCUCGGUUCAGUCUGACUGCAGUGGAAACAGGUUUUUCAGGGCCCUUACUGCUGGUUUUAAAACAGCCUGGACUCUCUCCGCAGACUUGGAUCAAUUAGAAGUUGCAACCAUGUAAUGUUUGAACCCUGAGCAGGACAUCUGCUGUACAUAGUCCUCUGUGAUUUUCUGAAGUUUGAAGCACUGACCGGACUGUCCUGUGUGGCAGAGAACAUCCUUCUAGCAUCUUCAAAGAAAACAAGCCAUAAGUGCAAGAACUAGUUGAUCCAACUCUGUGCUUUAGUGCCUUCUGCCAGUGGGAUGAAGAAAGCCAGUGAAUGUAUCCUUUUGUAACCGGCUGUCUGCUGCAAAACAACAAAAAAUCAAGAAAAGGAGGAACUUUUUUAUUUUAUUUUUUCUACAAAGAAAAAUACUGUGCCACUGUACUUUCCUCAUAAGAAAAAAAACAUCCUUUGUGAUAAACCCACUUAUUUUUGUACUGUACCAUUAUUUAAGCUACUUUUUAAGGAAUUGUUUCUUUUAGGGAAGUUCGCUCAGUUAAAUAUGUGAUUCUUUUGUGAACCAAAUCUAUAAAAACUUGAAUUCUGUACCACCAAAAAAUGAAAUAUGAUGCCUUUAUUUAAAAAAAGAAGACCAACAUGUGUGCGCUGUCUGUCUGUCUGUCGGUUUUUUAAAAGGGAAGCCAUGGGUUGCUUGGGGGAGUGUCCUUUUGAUUUUCUUAAAGCUUACUGACUACCUGUUUUAGAGGCUCAAAUUUCUUUUCUCAUUUAGAGUUUGAGAAUAAUAAGGUACUCAAAGGCAAAGCUUGGCUCUUUGAGUUUGUUGGCUUAAAAAGCUUUGCCUGUCUCUAAAAACUCUUGAAUGUGUUAACUAUUGUAAGAUAAAUCUGUUGGUCAAUUUAGUUUUUUAGAUAAAACAAUCACCUUGAAAUGAAGCACACACACAUGACCACCCACAAGCUGAGAGCAGACCAGCACUGCUAGUUCAAGCAGCCCUGGCAUCUAAUUGGAUCUUUACAGGUCAGCAGAUCACUGAUACAGCUUCUGAUCGGCUAAUGGACUGAUCGGCGGUGGCCUCUGUCUAGCGUAGUCUUUUAGAAAUAUGACUACAAAAAAUUAAAAAAUUUUUUUUUUAAAUGACUGGACCUGGAUGGUAUUGAGGAGACACUCAUCCUCUAUGGUGGCGCAGAAAACACAGGUUCAGUGGGUAAAACAGUGAUACCUAGUGGACGAUGCAAAAAGCCUCCUGUCUGGAUCAACUAAAAAUAUAUAUCUGAACCAUAGACUGUAUAUACUAUGGACAACUUGGUUUCGCCUCCCACCUGUAUUCGGAUUUGAAGCCAAAAUGCUCCAUUUCCUGAAACCAGAGCUGCGCAGUAGCAUUGUGCGCAUUCAGCGGGAAAGUCGCCGAGUCGCUGUGAUGACACUCGGCUCAAACAGCAUAUCCCCCAGGUGAGCUACGCAAUCCGUGAACGCCAAUAGACUGUAUCAGGUGUCAAUCAAAGAAAACAUGAACCCCCUAAUAACUUUUAAAAUCGGACCUUCACAGAAAAAAGAGGACUUGAGCACAAACCAGUCUCACAUUAACUGCAUGGCAACACCGCAAGCAGGGGGGAGAAAAAUUCAUGUUCUUUGUAACUAAUUUCUAAAGUUCGUCCACAGCUUCAUAAGCUUUGCUGGUGGAGGCGGGAUUUAUGACCUAUACUGCAGCCAGUCAGCAGAGGGUGCUGUUCUCGGAGUGGCUUCACUCAGCAAGGAGGCAGACGCUGUCCAUUCUAUAUACAGUCUAUGAUCUGAACGAUUUCAAAAGAAAUAACUCAUCAAGAAUAAAGAAAGCAGAUU